UAAGGUGCCGGCCCCCUGAAGUGGUUGUUUGGCCAGAAACAGUUGAACAUGUCAGCAAGAUGGCUGAAUUGUGCUAUAAUCACAAAGUGCCUAUCAUUCCCUUUGGUACUGGCACAGGCCUGGAAGGUGGUGUAACUGCAGUACAGGUAAGCACCUUAUUUAAUUGGUGGUUAAUUUAUAACAAUUAUAGGUGUGAAAGGGGUAUAAAUCACAUCUUCCAAACUGGAAGUAUCUGAUGUUUUAUUGUUAUAUAUAUAUGUAUAUAUUCUCUUUAUGCAUGAUUGAUAUGUAUAAUCACUGCUCGGCUGUAGUUCAUGGUGCCUAUUGCCUCAAUUGGCAUUUCACCUGCAUGUCAUGAUGAGAUAUGCCAGAGAGUUAUUGCCAAGUACAGGGUCCAAGGUGCUGUCCAUACUUUUAGAUUGGGUUUUCUUGGCUUACCCAAGACAAUUUUAGCUGUGAAAUGGACCAGAUUGGGCACACUUAGAGACUAAUAUUUAAUUAAUCCCAUUUUCUGUGUGUCCCCUUGUUAAAUGGAUCCUGUGUGCAUGUUUAAUAAAUUCCUUGGAACAUUAAAUGAUUAUCAUGGCAAUCCUGUAAUGAACGCUUUGACAGCUACCUACUACAUGUCCAUGUACAACAGGGAGAUGACAAGGAGCAUGGUUAGUAGGCCUGUUUGCAUGUAACAGAAACAAUAUCUUAUUAUAUUGUUAUUAUCAUCACUGGUAUUCAUAUAGCGCCAAUUUAUUCCACCGUGCUGUACAAUAUUAUAAAAGGGGGAAAUGUAACAAUUAAAUAGACAAUUACAAAAUUAAGAGGGAAUGAGAGGACGUGAUAUGACGCAGUAUGACAAACAAUAUAUACUGCGAUAAGAGGGAAUGAGAGGACGUGAUAUGACGCAGUAUGACAAACAAUAUAUACUGCGAUAAGAGGGAAUGAGAGGACGUGAUAUGACGCAGUAUGACAAACAAUAUAUACUGCGAUAAGAGGGAAUGAGAGGACGGGAUAUGACGCAGUAUGACAAACAAUAUAUACUGCGAUAAGAGGGAAUGAGAGGACGUGAUAUUACGCAGUAUGACAAACAAUAUAUACUGCGAUAAGAGGGAAUGAGAGGACGGAUAUGACGCAGUAUGACAAACAAUAUAUACUGCGAUAAGAGGGAAUGAGAGGACGGGAUAUGACGCAGUAUGACAAACAAUAUAUACUGCGAUAAGAGGGAAUGAGAGGACGUGAUAUGACGCAGUAUGACAAACAAUAUAUACUGCGAUAAGAUGGAAUGAGAGGACGUGAUAUGACGCAGUAUGACAAACAAUAUAUACUGCGAUAAGAGGAAUGAGAGGACGUGAUAUGACGCAGUAUGACAAACAAUAUAUACUGCGAUAAGAGGAAUGAGAGGACGUGAUAUGACGCAGUAUGACAAACAAUAUAUACUGCGAUAAGAGGGAAUGAGAGGACGGGAUAUGACGCAGUAUGACAAACAAUAUAUACUGCGAUAAGAGGGAAUGAGAGGACGGGAUAUGACGCAGUAUGACAAACAAUAUAUACUGCGAUAAGAGGGAAUGAGAGGACGGGAUAUGACGCAGUAUGACAAACAAUAUAUACUGCGUUCAGAGGGAAUGAGAGGACGUAAUAUGAAGCUGAGCGAGAGACAUCCGUGGUUAAUGUCAAGAGAUGGGAUGUUUUUCUGUAGAUGGAUAGCGAAUGUCACAGACAUUAGAUUGGAUGUCUAUAACAGAUUCUCUUUUUGCUGCAGGGUGGAGUCUGCUUCAACAUGACACGGAUGGACAAGAUCUUGAAUUUGAACACGGAUGAUUUUUAUGUUACUGUUGAACCAGGCGUUACGCGCAAGUCAUUGAACAGCUAUCUGAGAGACAGCGGACUCUGGUUUCCUGUUGGUUAGCACGUGGGGUCAUUCUCUGGGAUUUUCCUCUCUGCACACUGUAACAUUCUCUGUUAUUCUCUAAUUACAUUUUAUCUUAGAUCCAGGAGCGGAUGCCUCGCUUUGUGGCAUGGCAGCAACCAGUGCUUCCGGCACCAACGCAGUACGAUAUGGGACAAUGCGUGAUAAUGUGAUUAACCUUGAAGUGGUUUUAUCUGAUGGAAGGAUAUUAAACACAGCAGGAAAAGACCGAAAUUUCAGGUACGCGAAAGGCCAACGUGACAAUGUUUUCAUUUGUCCUAGCUCAUAGUACACACACAUUCUGGGGUCAAUUAUAAUCUGGUGUCAGUAACCAAUCAAUAAUGCUUUCUGUCUUUCCAGCAGUAAAAAAUUGUGCCUCUAGAGUAUUUGACUACAUCACAAGUUAAAGUUUUCAGACGGCCAAGUACAUUCCGGGUAAUAGCUGAAAGGCAUGUCAUUAACCUAUUGGUUCCAUGUGGACAUCGUAGUAUGUGAUAGUUUUUCUUUUUUUACAAUCUUUAUAUAUGUUUUUAGUUUGCCAUUUUUCACUUAGUUUCAGUUAAUUGUCUUACUAUGCAGAGAAAGAAAAAACUCGGAAUGGAGUAUACAGUGGCAUAGUGAGCAUAGAAGAAAGCACACAAAGCUUAUGUUGCACACAUCAACAGUUUAGGAGGUCCAACCUUUUGUUUAGUAUAAACCUUUAUAAAUGGAUAGUCAUGUAAAGUGGGGUUACGAGGUGGAAACUGCGACCCCUGCGACCGCGGUAUGUAUGCCAGUGGUCAGUGUGUUGUAAUGCUUACCGAAGCAGGAAUGUAGUAACCGUGAUGAGACAAUAUGUUGAGCACUGGGUUAUCUUCAAUGUGUAAAUGUAUGUGUAAAGGGUAAGGAGAAAAGGUACUGGGAAGGGUGAGAAGAAAUAACAAGCAAACUUUGGUAAUAAGGUUCUACCAGUUCCCAGUGGCAGUAGUCUAGGUACGAUCUUGUCUAACCGUUGUUAGGGUGUGAAAGCCCUCGUGUAUUUGCAGUCACCCCAGUGAUGUAAGUUAGCCGGGGUGUCCAAGUUUGGGUACAUUUUACUGAGCGUCCCCAUAGGGAUUCUGUCAGAGAUUCUAUAGAGUAAAUCUCCUCAACUUUUGCAAUCCAUUGCCGGAGGGUGGGUACCCCAGCCUGUUUCCAGAGUGUUAAGAUCAGGGACUUAGUGGCUGUUAGCAGAUAAGGGGGCAAUGAUUUUUUUUGUAUCUUUGUAGUGCUAGUGAGGUGUGAUGUAGGAGCAUAGUCAAAGGUUGAAAUGGUAGGGAGGUGUCUGUGAUUUCUUGGAAUUUGGACUGUAUCAUUGUGGCAGAAAUGCCUCUGCCACUUGUUCUUGGAGGUAGUUAUGGUAGGGUGUGGAACUGCACUCUAUCCCUUUAAGCAGUAUGUAGCUGGGUGCAACUCGGACAGUCUCAGUACCAGAGACCAAAUGCUGAAUAACAAAUAGACGAAAGGUCCAGGCACAAGGCACAAGCAAAGCAAUUUUAUUUAACCCACUCCAUCACUUGUUCUUGGAGGGGCCUGCUUGCCAGCCUCCUGUCUCAAGACUAUGGGCUACGUGAAAAGGCUCAUAAAAGACUUUGUUUGUACACUUUAUCUAUCCUGUUUGGGAACCGAACAGGCGCACGAACCAUGGACCACCCGGGAGUGUGUUAAGCCUAAUUGACAGUUUGUAACACGUUCCACCGCAGUGUUCUAAUUGUUCGUCUGGGUGGCCGUUGUUUGCAUGAACGACUACGAGGUGGCAGCCAUCUUGUUCCCACAAACGCAGGCAGCCGUGUUUGGGAAUGAAUCUCAUGGAACUGCAAUCGGACACAGAAACUCCCGAACACCACAGGACUUCCAGCAUCGCCUGCGUUCGGUUCUACACCACUUAGAAGGGCACUGUUCGGUGGAAACGUUCCCACGAACAAGGUGAACAAGCUCCAGGGUAACACUAUUGACUCUGUUUGGUAGUUUGUUCAUUUUGAAACUACCGAACUAGACCGACCGCUAGCCAUGAUUUCAUGGAACUGUUUUGGGCAUUGGACCAUGUGCACGGUCGGUCAAAUAAUUGACUUCCAUGAAAAUCCCGAACCCCUAAACCGAUCUGAUUGAUUUUUGGAUAUGUUGGUCACCCAGAUCGGGGCUAUCAGAGGAUGUGACUCUUGUGAAGUUUUCAUGUGUUUUGGAGGUACUUUUGAGGUAUUGUUAUAUUGCUGUCAGGAUUACAGUAUGAUCCAGCACGUAGAAUUGUGUAACACAGAGGACUGAUAGGUAACGUAUACCGAACCUUAGAAUGGCCGGACUAACGUACCAAAGAAUAGUCAGAAAUAGCCAAGGUCAAGGGAUACAGAAAGAGGCACAACGAUAAGGAAAAGCCAGGGGUCAGGGAUGCCAGAAAACAGGGAAGUCAAUAUCAAUGCCAAAGUCAAAUAACCAGAAAAAACAGAAUCAAUAACAUGCUCUCGGACAACCACAAGAGAAACCACAACAGGAACCACAACAGGACACAGAGCAAGAUGAACUGGGCCUAAAUACCCGUCUGUGGAUCUGAUUGGUUGUAACUGGCCUUUGACCUCAAAGGCAGCUAGCAGGUUCCUAUUUGCGUAAUUGCUGCUCAGCACAAACCCUCCUGUGGAUUGAUUGCGGUUUAGCACAAACCCUCCUGUGGAUUGAGUGCUGCUCGGCACAACUUUUCCUGUCAGGACAGUAAAUGCCAUUAAUCACAUUUUUAUGUGCAGAUGAAUACGUGACAUUACCCCCCCAACUGAAGAACGCCCACCGGGUGGGCAGGACCAGGCUUGAGAGGAAACCUGGUGUGAAAAUAGAGAAUCUUGCGGCCAGCAUGUAUAUCAGACGCCGGAACCCAGGAACGAUCUGCUGGUCCAUAACCUUUCCAAUCCACCAAAUACUGGAAUCAAUUAUGGAGGAGACCUCAUACUCUUCCUGUCCAGAAACAACUAAGGGAGGUGGAGGGACACUUGAGACAGUAUAUUUAUUGCAAACAAGAGGUUUGAGUAAAGACACAUGAAAGGUAUUAGGAUUUUUCAAGGAGGCUGGAAGGGCCAGAGAGUACGCAACAAUUGAGCCUACGAAGGACAUGAAAAGAUCCAAGGAACCUAGGAGCAAAUUUCAUGCUAUGGACUUUGAGCCUGAUGUUACGAGAAGAUAACCAAACCCUCUCACCCACUUGGUAAACAGGGUUGGCACCUCGACGUGUAUCAGCAUAAUGCUUUAAAUGGAUUGAACUUUAGCCCAGGUAUCACGGAUGGAAGCCAGACGGUCAUCCAAAGCAGGAAUAGCCGUAUCAGAAAAAACAGCCGGUAGGACAGUAGGAUGCCGGCCAUUAUUAACAAAAAAUGGACUAUGCCCAGAGGAGUCAUGGUCAGCAUUGUUCCUAGCAAACUCGGCCCAUGGUAGUAAUUCGGACCAAUUGUCUUGCGUGGUAUUAAUGAAACAACGCAAAUAUAGUUCCAUGGACUGGAUAGCCCCCUCAGCUGUACCAUUGGUCUGGGGGUGAUAAGAGGAUGAAAAAGACAAUUCAAUCCCUAAUUGUUUAUUGAAGGCCCUCCAAAACCAGGAGACGAACUCAGAACCUCUAUUAGAUACUAUAUUGUGAGGAAUGCUAUGCAGAUGGACAAUUUCUUGUAUAAAGAUUAGUACCAGGUCUUGAGAUGACGGCAAUUUCUUGAGAGGAAUAAAAUGAGCCAUUUUAGAAAAACAGUCCACAACCUUGAGAAUAGUGGUAUAACCAUUAGAACUAGGAAGUUCAACAAUGAAGUCCAUGGACUAGUGGGACCUCAGGAAUAAGAGGUUGCAACAAGCCACAAGUGAGUUUAUGAGGUACUUUGGAAACCACACAAACAGAACAAGCCUGUACAUAUUCCUUAACAUCCUUCCUGAGGGAAUCCCACUAGAAAGAUCUCAUGAUAGCAGAAGUGGAUUUAUUAAUACAAUGAUACAUUCUGGGGGAAUGAUAUGGGACGUUUCUUGCUCUAGUAUAGCCUCAGUAUCGAACUGCCUGGGCAAGGCGUCGGCCUUGACAUUUUUAGAACCAGGUCUAUAAAUGAUAAGAAAAUUAAAGCGAGAAAGAAAUAGAGACCACCUAGCUUGUCUAGAAGAUAAUCGCAUCUCCUACGUAAGCCAGGUUUUUGUGAUCAGUAAUGAUCAAAAGGGGGUCCUUGGAACCCUCUAAAAGAUGUUGCCACUCCUUGAGAGCUAGAAUAAUGGCCAACAAUUCUCUAUUGCCAAUAUCAUAAUUGCGCUCAGCAGGAAACAACUUUUUAGAAAAGCAACCACAAGGAUGUAACAGAGUUUCCUGGCUCUCCCUCUGGGAGAGAACUGCCCCUACCCGUCUCUGAAACAUCAACCUUCAGUAUGAAAGGCUUACUGGUGUCAGGAUGUAUCAAUAUGUCGGCGGAGGCAAACCGCUGUUUGAGAGUUUCAAAGGCUUCAAAAGCCUCCUUAGACCAUAUCGUACUACUAGCCCCCUUGCGUGUCAUAUAAAUCUUCUGUAAUAAUUGGCGAAACCAAUGAACCUUUGAAUGGUUUUCAACCCAGUGGGUAAAGGCCACUGUAAAACAGACUCUAGUUUUUUAAGAUCCAUCUGAAACCCCAAGGCAGAAAUAUUAUAUCCUAAAAACUGUACUUCAGACUGGUCAAAGAUACAUUUUUCCAAUUUACAAUAAAGUUGUUUUUUUAACAAGGUUUGCAGAACUUGUUUAACAUGAUCGUGGUGAGACUGGAGGUCAGGAGAAAAAAUAAGGAUAUCAUCCAGAUAGACCAAGACAAACGAGGGAGAUAAUUUAAUAUAGAUGUGUACUACUUUGCAAGUAUAAUAUGCACAGCAUGAAGUUCAUUUUGACUGCGUUGAUGCGGCUAAACCAGGAGAUAUAUUGGGGUGUCCAGCGUUGCAUGCCAGUUUGCAAUGUGGAAAGCAACCAGAGGAAAUUAAGUUGAUAUAGUUUAAUGAGAUCAUGUGGUAGUCAAAUGCCUAGGUAUAUAAGUUUACUUUCGCACCAUGAGAAGGGGAAUUUCACGUGGAGAUGGGAAGAGGAUUCAGGGGUGAACGCGAGAUGGAGUGCCUCCGAUUUGUCCAUAUUAAGUUUCAGGUUAGAGAUUCAAUCGAACCGCCUAAAGGAUUCCAACAGAUUAUGUAGGGAGAUGUGUGGGGCUUGUCUGACUUCUGUCUUAAAGUCCCUGGCUUGUUUUACUUCCCGUCCUGUGUUCCAGUCCCUGGCCUGUCUGACUUGCUGUCCUGUGUUCCAGACCCUGUCUUGUCUUGACUUCCCAUCCGGUGUUCCAGUCCCUGUCUUGUCUUACUUCUCAUUCCGUGUUCCAGUCCCUGGCUUAUCUGACUUCCCAUUGCGUGUUCCAGUGCCUGGUUUGUCUGACUUCCCAUUGCGUAUUCCAGUCCCUGGUUUGUCUGACUUCCCAUCCUGUGUUCCAGUCCCUGUCUUGUCUGACUUCCCAUCCUGUGUUCCAGUUCCUAGCUUGUCUGACUUCCCAUCCUGUGUGCCAGUCCCUGGCUUGUCUGACUUUCCGUCCCGUGUUCCAGUCCCUGUCUUGUCCUGACUUCACAUCCCAUGUUCCAGUCCCUGGCUUGUCUGACUUCCCAUUCUGUGUUCCAGCCCCUGUCUUGUCUGACUUCCCAUCCUGUGUUCCAGUCCCUGUCUUGUCUGACUUCCCAUCCUGUGUUCCAGUCCCUAGCUUGUCUGACUUCCCAUCCUGUGUACCAGUCCCUGGCUUGUCCUGACUUCACAUCCCGUGUUCCAGUCCCUGUCUUGUCCUGAUUUCCCAUCCUGUGUUCCAGUCGCUGGGUUGACUGGCUUUCCAUCCCGUGUCCCAGUCCCUGUCUUGUCCUGACUUGAAUCACGUGUUCCAGUCCCUGGCUUGUCUGACUUCCCAUCCAGUGUUCCAGUCCCUGGCUUUUCUGACUUCCCAUCCCCUUUUCCAGUCCCUGUCUUGUCUGACUUCCCAUCCAGUGUUCCAGUCCCUGGCUUUUCUGACUUCCCAUCCCCUUUUCCAGUCCCUGUCUUGUCUGACUUCCCAUCCCGUGUUCCAGUCCCUGUCUUGUCCUGACUUUCCGUCGCGUAUUCCAGUCCCUGUCUUGUCCUGACUUCCAAUUGCGUGUUCCAGUCCCUGUCUUGUCCUGACUUCCCAUCCUGUGUUCCAGUCACUGGGUUGACUGGCUUUCCAUCCCGUGUCCCAGUCCCUGUCUUGUCCUGACUUCCAAUCGCGUGUUCCAGUCCCUGGCUUGUCCAACUUCCCAUGCCGAGUUCCAGUCCCUGGCUUGUCCGACUUCCCAUGCCGAGUUCCAGUCCCUGGCUUGUCUGACUUCCCAUUGUGUGUUUCAGUCCCUAGCUUGAUCCUGACAUUACUUUUCUCCGUGCUCCUAAGCCUUAUCUUUCUCGACUAUGCAUUGGUUCCUAUGUUCCUGUUUCUGCCUGUGUCUGUUAUUGUGUGUUUUCCAUUUUGUUUCUGGGCUGUAGUCUUCUCUCGUCUUAUUUCUUAGUUCCGGUAAUACGCCUCUUCCUAUCCUUCUGUCUUCGCCUUUGUUAGUUCGUUGCCUCUCACCUUGCUGAGGAUCCUUUAGCCCUUUGACCCUGAGAGCAGGAACUCACACCAUUCACUGAAUGUUUGCUUUGCCUUUUUCCCCACAUGGAUUGCUCUCUUCCGUAUUUAUUAGUAAAUGGUGAAGAGUAAGCUGUGGUUUGGCACAGUCCUUCCCAUGAAUCAUUUCUUCAAGUUACGUGGGAAGGCAAUGCAGGCGGUAGCAAUCUGGAUAGUAAUUCUAACCAUUUAUAGAUUCACAGUCCUUUUAUGAUAUCAAGCACACAAAUCCACGUUAUCCAGGUUUCACACAUAAGUCAUUUUAUUAACAUGAUUUAUCUCCCAGUGCUGCAGGUAAAAGGACAUGAAGAAUUGCACAAAUUUCAAUGACAGUCUGUGUGUUAUUUGACUUUAUAGGAAGACAUCUGCAGGUUAUAACCUGACAAGCCUGUUUGUGGGCUCCGAAGGGACACUGGGUAUAAUUACCAAAACAUCACUCCGUCUCUACGGUGUCCCAGAAGCUAUGAUGUCUGCUGUGUGUGCCUUUCCCAGUGUCCAGGCGGCAGUCGACAGUACGGUACAAAUUCUGCAAUGUGGAAUUCCCAUCGCUAGAAUUGGUAAUUACAAGAUCCAGAUACUACCACUACUGGCUGAUACAUGUAUAAGUGGGGGGUAGUUCAGUGGAGACAAGACUUACGUUAGAACAUUUUGUAAAUCUUUCUUUAUUCACAAUCCACAUUGAAUACAUACAAUACGUGAGCAAUAAAAACUGUGGUAAAACAUAGCAACAGUACAAUAUCGUAUACAAGCAAAUCUCUAUAUGUGAGUCAUGGGGUUGUGUGUUUUUAAUAAUAAGUAGUGUGUGAAAUAAAUAAUUAUGUUUCCUGCACCUCCGGGUUUGUAAAAAAAUAUGACAAAUAUGACAUUUGGCUCUGAAGGGCGGUAAGCACAUGAUGUCUCCUAAAAACAAUGAACAAUAUCGGAAGGUUGAAAGCCUAAGCUGGAGAGGUGAAUCCCCCCUACAGCAUCACUAAAACUGUUUCAGGGAACGUUGCUAGUCUAUUUUGGCCCUUGACAAAUUAGGGAAGAAAGUUAAUGCAUGCUCCUUAAAUUGAAAUGAUGUCUUAUUGCGUACAGCCAACGUGAAGGCCAAGCGAUCUUAGCUCUGCUGGAAGUGGAGAAUAAUGUCCCUGCCUGUCCUUGGAGGACUAGUGGCUGGUCUGGGGAUCCCUUGCUAUCUGUCCAGCUGCAUCGGUUUAGCUUGUUUAGCAGAGAAAACUGCGGUUAGUAGCUUGCAGACUAGGUGUGGAACCUCAGCAGCCUCUAUAGUAGAAGGCAGACCACGUACUUUAAUGUUUUCCCAGCUCUUUUUGUCUACCAUAGCCUCUAUGCGGUCCUGGGUUUAUACCUGAGCAUGUUGUAGGGCUAAAAGCUGCUGCUCCAGGUUUGUAAUACGGUUCUCAUUGGCUGUAGUGUUGAGUUCUGUAUUAUGUGGACGGGCUGGCACUCCACCAAUGUUCUAUUGGACUUGCCCGAUGUCAGCUGAGAUAUUGCAGCGCACCUCACCCAGAAGGCCUCUCAACGUUUCCUCUGUAACCGGAUACUUCCCAGAAGGAUCAGGGGGUGAGUACGUAGGCUUUCAACCCAGUGGGUAAAGGCCACUGUAAAACAGACUCUAGUUUUUUAAGAUCCAUCUGAAACCCCAAGGCAGAAAUAUUAUAUCCUAAAAACUGUACUUCAGACUGGUCAAAGAUACAUUUUUCCAAUUUACAAUAAAGUUGGUUUUUUAACAAAGUUUGCAGAACUUGUUUAACAUGAUCGUGGUGAGACUGGAGGUCAGGAGAAAAAAUAAGGAUAUCAUCCAGAUAGACCAAGACAAACGAGGGAGAUAAUUUAAUUUAGAUGUGUACUACUUUGCAAGUAUAAUAUGCACAGCAUGAAGUUCAUUUUGACUGCGUUGAUGCGGCUAAACCAGGAGAUAUAUUGAGGUGUAACCAAACCCUCUCACCCACUUGGUAAACAGGAUUGGCACCUCGACGUGUAUCAGCAUAAUGCUUUAAAUGGAUUGAACUUUAGCCCAGGUAUCACGGAUGGAAUCCAGACGGUCAUCCAAAGCAGGAAUAGCCGUAUCAGAAAAAACAGCCGGUAGGACAGUAGGAUGCCGGCCAUUAUUAACAAAAAAUGGACUAUGCCCAGAGGAGUCAUGGUCAGCAUUGUUCCUAGCAAACUCGGCCCAUGGUAGUAAUUUGGACCAAUUGUCUUGAGUGCUAUUAACGAUACAACGCAAAUAUAAUUCCAAGGACUGGUUAGCCCUCUCAGCUGUACCAUAGGUCCGAGGGUGAUAAGAGGAUGAAAAAGACAAUUCAAUCCCUAAUUGUUUAUUGAAGGUCCUCCAAAACCAGGACACAAACUGAGAACCUCUAUCAGAUACUAUAUUGUGAGGAAUGCCAUGCAGACAAACAAUUUCUCGUAUAAAGAUUAGUACCAGGUCUUGAGAUGACGGCAAUUUCUUCAAUUAAAUAAAAUGAGCCAUUUUAGAAAAAUGGUCCACAACCAUGAGAAUAGUGGUAUAACCAUUAGAACUAGGAAGUUCAACAAUGAAGUCCAUGGACAAGUGGGACCGUGGGACCAUGGGACCUCAGGAAUAGGAAGAGGUUGCAACAAGUGAGUUUAUGAGGUACUUUGGAAACCACACAAACAGAACAAGCCUGUACAUAUUCCUUAACAUCCUUCCUGAGGGAAUCCCACCAGAAAGAUCUCAUGAUAGCAGAAGUGGAUUUAUUAAUACCUGGGUGACCAGCAGACACAUUGUCGUGAAACACCUUCAUGAUAUUAACCCUUUCCCCCAAUGGAAUGAACAAUUUGUCCUGAGGUUUACCGCAGGGCGCCUGAGACUGAGCCUCCACGAUGGAGCCAAGCAGUGGAGAGGACAAUGAAAGGACAGUGGACACAAUAAUACAUUCCGGGAGAAUGAUAUGGGAUGUUUCUUGCUCUAAUAUAGCCUCAGUAUUGAACUGCCUGGACAAGGCGUCGGCCUUGACAUUUUUAGAACCAGGUCUAUAAAUGAUAAGAAAAUUAAAGCGAGAAAGAAAUAGAGACCACCUAGCUUGUCUAGAAGAUAAUCACUUGGCAUCUCCUAUGUGAGCCAGGUUUUUGUGAUCAGUAAUGAUCAAAAGGGGGUCCUUGGAACCCUCUAAAAGAUGUCACCACUCCUUGAGAGCUAGAAUAUGAUAGGACAAGAAGGAGAUGCAAUAACCUGAAAUGUAAUCUCUUCCUUAUGUAAGGCACCAAUGGAAAUAUUUAUGGGUAAGGUUUCAUGCGUUAUCAAUGGUUGUGAGAGUGGUCUCCCAUCAAUAGCUUCAACGGUUAGGGGUGAUAGUCUCUCCUUGAUAGGGAUAGUAUUAUCCUUGACAAAUUGGACAUCAAUGAAAUUUCCAGCAGCCCCUGAGUCCAUCAGGGCUUUGCAUGAAAAGUUAUUUUUGUCAAGAAUAAUCGAAAUAUCAAUGAGAAGUUUAUAUUUAUUCUUUUCAGAGGACGUCUCCAUUAUACGUAAGACCUGUCUCCUUAAGGUGCUUAGGUGGGGUAGUUUCUUUGGACGAAUGAGACAAUUGUCUCUCAUAUGUCCAUUACUACCGCAGUAUAAACAUAAACCUUCGUUUCUCCUAUAUUGUUUCUUAGCCUCUGACAGUCUAGUGACCCCCAACUGCAUGGGUUCAGGUUCCGACUGUAUAGGAAGGUCAGGAACAACAGGUUCGAAGAGACGGGGUGUUAAAGACAUAGUCAUACGUCUGGUCUUAUUUCUAGUAUUCUCUCUGGUUCUUAGUCUAUUAUCAAUUUGCAUAACAAAUGUGAUGAACUCAUUAAGUUUCUUGGGUAGAUCUUUGGCAGCAAUCUCAUCUAGCAUAGUGUCAGAUAGUCCCCUUUUAAAUGCAGAGAUUAGCCCACUGUUAGUCCAGUCUACCUCGGAAGCCAGGGUACAAAAUUCUAUGGCAUAUUCCGAGAUAGACCGGUUCCCUUGUCUGAAGUGCAUCAGGGCAGUGGAGGCAUCGUCCUCCCUGCCUAAUGGUUCAAACGUAAGUUUAAAUUCCAUUAGAAACAUCUGGUAAUUUUAUUAAGGACAUGGAGGCUCUUAUUAGGCUUAUCUCUUAUCUCUUAUUCCUCAGCAGCAAAGAAAGCUAAGGUAUUCGUAGUACAGAAAAAAAAUUAACAAAUACCCUCACAGGGUUAACCAUUACAUCACUAUCUCCUAGCCAAUGGGAACAGUCCACAUAUCAUAUAGUCCCAUGUAACCCCUAUCUCUUCCUCUUUCUUUGCUGCUGCCUCAGCUAAGUACCACCAUUUUAAUUUCAAUCUGACAGGUUUUACUGCCAGUGUUUAUAUCUGUAUAUUUUGAUGUAAUACUGUACUGUUUACUGAGUACAAUGUUUUAAUUUACAACUGUUUAAUGUCUUACUGUUAAUUGUUUGGUGCUGGCCCUUUCAUGGGAGCCACCUAGGAGUGAGCUGCUUCAGCCUGCUGCCCCCUUCCGUUUUUCCCGCCCGCCAGGGCAGUUAACCCGUUCUCCCCUUGCAUUCCGGGUAGUUUAUUACCCUAAUCUCGCGCCGGUCGCUGUAGCCGGCUACCCAGACGUGGGGCAUACCAUUUUUGGAACCGCCCGUUCCAUUUGGGCCCACUCGCGCAUGCGCAGUCGUGGCAAAUAGAUUUUGCCGCGCUUUUCCCAGGUCGCACAGCUCACUGAGGGGUGGGCGCUAGCUGAUUGGUUCAGACAACUGACUGUCAGCUUGCCAGUGCACCCCAGCGGCCAUUCCUGAGGUAACACUCGGUAAGCUGACAGCUCAGUUUUGUUUCUGUGCCUUGCCUGCAAUUAUUCUGCCUGUCACUGCAGUGUGUGAUUAGACACUGUUGGUUUAACAAGCAAAUAACUGCUUCCACUGUUAUUUCUCAUGACUUUACCGUGUAGCCUGUUACCUCUUGCUAGUACCAUGCAGACCCCUAAAGACUACCCAAGCACUACCCCCACUCUGGCUGAGAGUGUCUCCAGACACCCUUUAAGGCCACUACAAAGACCCACCACGUGGGUGCACAUGCCUCCAAAACUGAAUAUACGGACAGGUUGCGUCCUGUCAACAUUGAGGUCGUGGGGCCCCCACGAAAAAGAGCCACCCGCCGGGCAAAAACAGCACGGACAUGGAAAUGGGCAAAAGCCCUAACAGACUCUUCCGACUCUGAUUCGGAUUCUGAGGAGGUUUUGAAUGCGUCCAAUGAGACCGGCUCCACUGAAUCAGAGGUCUCCUUCCCAGGCCAAAGCCCUACACACAAAGCGACCAUGACCACUAUUGACCACGCGGAUACAUCCGCUAUCCUAGACCCACAAGGUGUACCCUUAUUUGACCCCGAUGCUUUGCAAAACCCGAGGUGGGCAUAAUGGUUCCCGACCGAACACUUGGCACGUUAUAUAGCGGCCAGAAUCAGGAAACCCCUAGAUAAGGCCACGAGGAACAAGCCACACUGGACAUAGACCCUGGACAUAGACCCCAAGGUGGCCCGAUUUUUGGAGAAAUCUGUCUGGAAGGCGAAAAAGGGGAUUGACUACUCCUUACGCCACUGCCAGGACAAAGUGCUCGACACGUUAGGCCCCAGUGCAAAAAUCUUUGAAAUGGUCGAAGCGGCCUUAACCGAUGGGACCCCAAUUGACCUCCUGGCCAUUAGGGGUUGGGUACAACGUUCUAUAUGCCUUAUCGGCAAUAUAGAACAAAGCUACUGAACAAAGGAAGGCCAUCCUCAUAAAAAUUGAGCCGAAACUGGUUUAUAUGGCCAUAUCUGAGCCUGGGCCAUAGGCAAAAGGUUCUCUCUUUGGAGAUAACUUCGUAAAGGAAUUGGGCAACUAUGUCAAUACCUUUACGGCAUUAGACAAGGCACAAACAAACUUAAAGAGAGUGUUCUCUCCCAAAAUUAUUGGUGGGGCCGCCAGACACCGGGGCCGUCUGUCCGGCCGGUCUUCCCGAGGUUCAUACCGGGGAUAUCGAGGCCCUGCCACACCUAGAUUUCAGCCUCCGGAGAACAAGUCCCCUUCGCCCUUCUUCCCGGUCAGGGGUAGAUCGUGGCAGUCGCGAAGUACCAGGGGUGCCUCGUAUGGCCGACGGCCUUAUGGUAAGUGUCCUACCAUCCCCUCCCCUGUGUAUGUCUAUAGUGGGGGGCAGACUGUCUCACUUUGUAGAGGUUUGUCACACACUAACGACAGAUGUUUGGGUCCUACACACUAUCCUAUGUUACCAAAUUGAAUUUAUAAAUAACCCUGUCCAAACCUCUGGACCACACCGAAUAGCUUUCUCCACACACGACAGGACCCUCAUGAGCGAGGAAAUCCUCACGCUGCAGGAGAAGGGCUGGAUGUAUCAGGUCCCGCAAUACUCCCACGGGGAGGUGCGACCAGUCAUCAAUCUGCGCCCCCUGAACGCAUUUGUGCGAGACCACCAUUUCAAAAUGGAAGGAAUCCAUUGUCUUCGGGACCUCCUCAGAUUGGAGGAUUGGAUGGUCAAAUUAGACCUGCAGGACGCCUACCUCACGCCUACCUCACAAUCCCCAUCGCCAAAGAUUGGAUUUGGACUCUCAUCGGCCCCGUGGUGCUUCACCAAACUGCUGAAGCCCGUGGUGGCUCUCCUACACAGCAGAGGUGUACGGAUGAUCAUAUAUCUGGAAGAUGUACUGAUCAUGGCACACAACACCCAACUGCUUCGACAACACCUCUCCUGGGCACUGUUCCUCCUACAAAAUUUGGGAUUUUUAAUCAAUUGGAAAAAGUCCAUCUUAACCCCAUCCCCAUGGAAUUUCUGUGAUUCAACAUAGACGUGACAAAAGGAAUGCUCAGUCUACCGACCACAAAGGUCAAAAGCAUCAAGAAAGAAAUCUGCAGGACGUCGGCACGCCCAAUAUUAACCUUACGGCAACUGGCCAGGAUAAUCGGCCUCCUCUCAGCCUCCAUCCAGGCGAUCUUCCCAGGACCCCUCCACUACAGGGCCCUUCAAUGGCUAAAGGCCACGCAUUUACGCUUGGGGCACUCAUACUCCGACUCCAUUCCACUCGACCACGAAGCCAAACAGGAACUCACCUGGUGGCUUCAACACAUGGAAGCAUGGAACGGCAGAGCAAUCUUUGGAGCUGCCCCAGACUUCAUCAUAGAGUCUGAUGCGAGUACACACGGUUGGGGAGCGCGCUGCGGGCCUAUCUCCACCGGAGGAAUAUGGCCAUACUCAGAAAAAGAACUGCACAUCAACGGCCUUGUCAUGCGGUAACACUUCCAGGUUCAGCACUUCCGCGAUGCAGAGCUGACCCCGCCCCCCUCUGACGCAGCUCUGACUGUACUUGUGUGACCUACUUCCGCCAUACUCGCCGGCUCCCGUGGCUCUGACAAUGUGGGACCAACUUCCUGGUAUACACGCCGGCUCCAUAGACUCUGACAAGCCGUCCUAGCCUUUGAGCUAAUGAAUGGAUGAUACUGCGUGCCUUGGAGGAUUACUGGAGAACUGAUACUUGUUAACAAUAUAUUCCCGGCCUAUCCAAUAUAGUAGCAGAUUGGAACUCCAGACAUCUGCGAGCCGCUGGCGAUUGGACCACAACACAUUCCUACAACUGCAAACGCUCUGGGGUCCGAUGUCCAUCAACCUAUUUGCAUUUUGCCUGAACUCCCAGUUAACAACGUUUCUCAGCUGGAGACCAGACCCAGACACCUUAGCAACAGAUGCUUUUUUCCAGCACUGACCGAGGGAUCAUUUAUAUGCAUUUCCACCUUUCGCUCUCAUGGCACGGACGCUAGUACAUCUCAGACGAGCUCGGACAUCAUUGGUCCUCAUAACUCCAUUCUGGACUGCUCAACCUUGGUUCCCAUCCCUCAUGGAGAUGUCCAUCGACCUUCCGAGAUUGCUUCCAGAUGUCUCACACCUUUUACUGGAUCCAGAAGGCAACCCACACCCCCUUCUACUUCAGGGGAACCUCAAACUCUUGGUAUGGCUCCUUUCCGGGGACCCUGGGUCAUACCAGAUGUUCCACAGGACACUCUUGACCUACUGGCAGGAGCAUGGGCACCUUGACGAGACGAUCCUAUCAAUAUGCCAGGAAUGGCUGGAGUAGUUGGUGCAUGGAACAGCAGGUGGAUCCCAUACGUGCUCCUGUGAAUUACCUAUUACAUUUCCUUACCAAUCUAUAUAACCAAGGUUUGGCUUACCGUACCAUGAAUGUCUACAGAUCGUCAAUCUCUGCCGGCCAUCAAGGCCUCAAUGGGACUCCGGCUGGCCAACAACUGCUGGCUCCUACGAGGCAUAAAGUUGCUCGACCUCCCCAGCCUCGAUACACAUCGUUGUGGGAUGUGAACCUGGUCCUUCGUUUCUUGGGAUCCUGGCCACAAAAUGAGGGACUCACACUUAAACAACUAUCAGCAAAACUGGCCAUGCUCCUCUGCCUGAUAUCCUGCAAGCAGGUUUCAGAUGUUCGGGAAUUGGACAUAGAUGCACGCUCUUUCAACCCCACGGGAGUAUCAUUCAAUAUUUCCAGACGCACAAAAUCAUCGAUUUCCUACCUGGCAUUUCCACCUAACAUUAAGCUCUGCCUGGUGGACUGCCUACGGGAAUACGAGAAACGAACCUGGGACCCAGGAGUACAUUACAUCAGGAGCUGUUCUUAACCACCAAAAUGGCUCAUCACCCGGUAUCCACAGUGAUGCUAGCACGAUGGGUGAAAUGAAUCAUGACCUUGGCAAACGUGGAUACAUCUAUGUAUGGCGCUCACUCUACUAGAGGGGCCAUGGCUUUAAAGGUUUUCAACUUGGGCUGCAGAUUAGAAGACCUUCUUAGAACAGCAGAUUGGUCCCGUGAAUCUACGUUUAGAGAACACUAUUUUAGACCGACAGACCAUGUUUCAUCUAUGGUUAUUUCACAACUUUGAAUUAGCCUAAUAAAAGCCUCUGUGUCCUUUAAUAAAAUUACCAGAUUUUACUAAUUACAUGACGUAAAGUCAUGAUUUUAUUAAGGACACGGAGGCGAGUAUUAGCCCACCCAGAUAUGGUACAUUUGGACCUUUUUGUAUCCCAACCCAGGUACGUAAUACGUGUUCAUAGUACAUGUUUGUUGUUUAAUGCUCGACUCUUAAAAUCUUCAACAGUUACCUAAUAUAUGUAUUAUUCAGAUAAGUAAAUGUUUAGACUGGUGAUGGUUUAAUAUUUUCGAUAAUAUGAAAAUAGUUGAUGGAACAAAUUUUACCACUUGUUCUCUCUGUCCCCUUCUAGCCUGAAAAUUAUGACACUCCUGCAACAUCGACAGCUUCCACAGUUCGAGAGGAUCAGUUCCGAAGAUCCGGCUCGCUAUAGGAAGGAUUCGUCGCCAAGAUUUUGGCUACCGUCUGUUUUCUAAUGUUUCAGUUGUUUGGUCAAUUGCUGUUAUUCAAUAUUAGCUUCAGCAUUGUGACAGAACCGUCUGUCUGUGGAUUGUGUUUAUUCUCCCUCCGUUCGUCUGUUUGUUCAGUUAUCUCCUUACCCGUACAGUCCCCGUGUGUUCCCUUGUUAUUUCCCGAAAGACGCACGAAGGCGUGACCACCAGGAAGCUGGUGUGUGCCACCAAUUGACCUCCCCGUAGCUAGCGUGUGCUGUCAGUUGACCACCCAGUAGCUGCGGUUAACCGCAGCUUAAUUGACUGUUACCGGUUGGUCGUGGUUACACACGGUGGCGGCAUCCUACAGCUCCCGGACAGCCAGCAGUAUUCAGCCUAGCCUCAGUGAACUAAAAACGGACACUUUUACACGCGAACACCGCUGAGCCGACAGCCUUCCCUGCUUCUAACUCCAGUCGUAUUGUCGAACACCAGAGCAAUCGGGACUUUGUAUUUAGUGAAUGUUGUACCCAAAUAGCUAUGCCAUGGAGCCUAUUCAUGUAAUAAAAGAAUUUGGCUCCAUGGCAAUUGAACCGUAUGUGUGUUGUCUGAGCGCCAUUCAGUAAUGUGCGCUCAGACCUAAUCUAUCUGGGGAUGUGUUACACGUAUAUGUUUUAUGUAUCAUUCGUGCCAUUGUGUAUUUUAUUGCAUUUCUCUCUCCUGUUGUCACCUCAUGGGUAAUGGCAAUUUGCCUCUGUUCUGGGAGAUUAUUGAAUUACUUCCCAAUUAUCCCCAGGAACGCAAUGUAUCCUGGGAAUGUUUUACCCCUUGUAUGUCUGUCCUUGAUACGUGUCUGUCCAUUGUUACAGUCUCCCAACUGGUCCCCUAGUGGAGAGUCCACCAGGUGGGAGACCUGCAUAAAUACUGGGCAGGUAGCCCUCAAUAAAUCAGAAUCCUGUUUUACUCUCAAUAUGAAGCUUGGUCUCGUGAUUGGGGGGAUUGCUACUGUGGAGUAUUCUUUUGCCUGUUCCAGGAGAGAAGGAUUUCGUAUGAUUCCCGUUCGGUGGUUUUGAGUGUUCGUGAGCUGCUGUUCCCUUGUAAAGGUGAAUCCCUUAAUCGUUAUUAACCCUAACUACACCGGGUUAUACUGUAACAGGCAUCAACUAGAAAGAGGAAGAGAUGGGGGUUACAUGGGACUAUAUGAUGUGUGGACUGUUCCCAUUGGUUAGCAGAUAGUGAUGUAAUGGUUAACCCUGUCAGAGUAUUUGUUCAUUUUUAAGUGCUCUUGCAUAGCAAGACCACUUAAUGUUUUCUCACAUAUAUUGGAAGGCAUGGCCUGAAGUUGUGGGAGGGGCUAUAGACCUAUAAAAGGGACUCCCCCCCCUUUCCCUACUUUCCUUUGUUGGUCAGUCAGACUGUUUGAGGUCAGCAUUUGCAUGAGAUCCACUUCCAGGUCAUAUUACUCCAAGCUGUGUCCAGGAAUCCUGCAGCAGGGCUUUCCGUUAAUCCAAUGGCUUCCUCUCCGGUCAGCAUCGCAUUUGGUGUCUCAGGGACUCUCAAACCGUAAAUUGACCCACCUGUCGCGCCAGGAUUAGUUCCCACUUUACGGUUUCCUUUUGUUUUGCACGGUUAUUACGUUACCUUAUACUUACCUAGCUGUUCAGGUAAAAUCUGUUGUUUAAAAUCUGUUUUAGUUAAAAUCUGUUGGGUUAAAAUCUGUUCGGUUAAAAUUACAAACGAAAUACAAUUUUUCACCUACACACUGACCCCUACCAGUCUUUUGGUGUACUACAGGCUUCUCAGACAUUAUUGCAUUUCAUGUACAAAUCAACGAACCACUGCAUUUGCGCCUACACACUGACCCCUACCGGUCAUUCGGUGUAGUACAGGCUUCUCAGACAUUAUUGCAUUUCAUGUACAAACCAAUGAACCACUGCAUUUUUCACCUACACACUGACCCCUACCGGUCAUUCAGUGUACUACAGGCUUCUCAGACAUUAUUGCAUUUCAUGUACAAACCAACGAACCACGGCAUUUUCGCCUACAUGCUGACCCCUACCGGUCAAUUGGUAUACUACAGGCUUCUCAGACUUUAUUUCACUUCAUAAGCAAACAAACUAACUUCAGCAUUUUGGCUUUUAUACUGACUCCUAUCUGUCAAACGGUAUACUAAAGGCUUUUCAGACAUAUGGUUAUUCCCCUCAUAACAUUCCCAUUAUAAUUACACAAUAACACUUCCUUACAACUCAUGCUUGCUAUGAUAUAAUCAUACCUGCCUACAUAGGCAUUUAGUUACAUUUACUGACAAUACGCAUACAUUUACCCAAGAAUGCACAUACUAUUUAAAGCACUAUGCAGGAUUCCAGAGUCUAAUAAGGAAUAUUUGAAUGUUUGCACACUUAAAAUAUAAGUCCUUCCAAUUACGUAUUUUCACAUAUUGGGUUAUUCAGCUGCCAGUCAUGGUUCACUACACUCAUGUUUCGGGGUACAGUUGUAUUCCAUAUAACACUCAAGUUAAUUUCCUUCAAACAGGGGCAUUACAAGCAUACAAUAAACAUUGGGACGUAGCACUUUUCUCUAUUAAACUUGCAUAACACACAUAUGGGUAUACGCUUUUAACCCCUUAAGGACCGAGGACGGUUCAGGACCGUCAUCGGCAUUUUUGCCUUGCCGACCGAUGACGGUCCUGAACCGUCCAAACGGUCUGGGGCUACUUACCUGAUCGCCGUCGUUCCCCCGGCGGCGAUCAGUGUUCCUCCGGUUGUGGGGAGACUGCCUGCAGCCCAGACAGUCUCCCCACGGCAGAUUAGGACCCCUGUGGCCAUGUGAUCGCUUAACACAGUGAUCACAUGGUCACAUAGGUGUCCAUAGUGCUGCCUGCAGGGGGACUGCCUGUGCUGACAGGCAGUCUCCCUGCAACUGUAAAAUCAGAAAAAAAAUUAAAGUUAAUGGUAAUAAAAAAAAUAAUAAUAAUUAUAUAUGUAUAAAUAUGAUAUAUAGACAUAUAUUAUACCUAUAUAAUAUAUGUCUAUAUAUCAUAUAUAUAUAAUGCCAUACUAAGUGUAUUUUUAUAUUAAUAUGUACUUAUAUUAAUAUAAAAAUACACUUAUAAUUAAAUUACACACGUAUAUAUAUAAUAUAUAUAAUAACUAUAUAUAUUGUAUAUAUAUUAUUAUAAAAUAUAAAUAAUAAGUAAUUUAAAUUAAAUAAAAAUUUUUUUAAAUAAUAAUAAAAAAAAUUUAAAAAAUUAUAUAGCUAUAUGAAAUUUUAUUCUAACUGUAUUUUAAAAUUAAUAUAUAUAUAUUUAUAUCAAAAUACACUUAGAAUGAAUUUGUAUAUAUAUCUAUGUAUAUAAAAAUAAAUAAAAAUAAUAAGAAAUAUACAUACGUCCAUAUACAAAAUUACAUAAAUAAUUAUAUAAAUAUACACGUAGACUUCAAAUAUAUAAAUAUGCAUAUAUAUUUAAAUUCUACGUGCAUAUUUAUGUAAUAUUUUUUACAUAAUUCAGUAAUUUUAUUGAUUGCAAUUUGAGGGACCUGCCUGCCAACCCAGGCCGAAAUUCCAGAGAAUUUAAUUUGCUAGCACUGUAUUUUACCCUGUAACGUUCUACGACACCCUAAAACCUGUACAUGGGGGGUACUGUUUUACUCGGGAGACUUCAAAUAACACAAAUAUUAGUGAUUCACAACAGUAAAACAUAUCACAGCGAUGAUAUUGUCAGUGAAAGUUACUUUUUUUGCAUUUUUCACACACAAACAGCACUUUUACUGAUGAUAUAAUUGUUGUGAUACGUUUUCCAGUUUUUAAACACUAAUAUUUGUGUUCAGCGAUGUCUCCCGAGUAAAACAGUACCCCCCAUGUACAGGUUUUAUAGCAUUUUUUAAAGUUACAAGGUCAAAUAUAUGGGUCAAAUAUUUUUACAUUGAAAAUGGCCAGGUUGGUUACGUUGCCUUUGAGAGCGUAUGGUAGCCCAGGAAUGAGAAUUACCCCUAUGAUGGCAUACCAUUUGCAAAAGAAGACAACCCAAGGUAUUGCAAAUGGGGUAUGUCCAGUCUUUUUAGUAACCACUUGGUCACAAACACUGGCCAAAAUUAGCGUUCAAUUUAGUUUUUUUACUUUUUUCACACACAAACAAAUAUGAAUGCUUACUUUGGCCAGUGUUUUCGACUAAGUGGCUACUAAAAAAGACUGGACAUACCCCAUAUUGAAUACCCUGGGUUGUCUACUUUAAAAAAAAUAUGUACAUGUGGGGUGUUAUUCAGAGAUUUAUGACAGAUAAUAGUGUUACAAUGUCACUAUUGAUAAAUUUUAAAAAUGUAUGUUUUGAAACCGCAAUAUCCUACUUGUACCUAUAGCCCUAUAACAUGCAAAAAAAAGCAAAAAAGCAUGUAAACACUAGGUAUUUUUAAACUCAGGACAAAAUUUUGAAUCUAUUUAGCAGUUUUUUUUCAUUCGCUUUUGUAGAUGAGUAAAAGAUUUUUCAAGUAAAAGUCAAAAAACAUGUAUUUUUUUCAAUUUUUCAUCAGAUUUUUGUAUUUUUUUAAAAUUAAAAUACAUGAGAUUAUAUAAAUAAUGGUAUGUAAAGAAAGCCCAUUUUGUCCUGAAAAAAAUAAUAUAUAAUUUGUAUGGGAACAGUAAAUGAGAAAGCGGAAAAUUACAGCCAAACACAAACACCACAAAAGUGUAAAAAUAUUCCUGGUCGCAAAUGUACAACAUCGCAAAAACAGUCCAGUCCUUAAGGGGUUAAAUGUCUAUAUUCAAUUUUCAUACAUUGUUUUACCCGUCCGGGAUACAGGUAUUAAUAACCCUUACGACUAGUAAGGGUAUCUAAUCAUACUACCAGGUACAUACACCUGCUCAUGUGGUAUAUACAUACAUUUUCUGUUUCCCCCUGGGCAUAUCCUUAGCGUACUGGCAAUUAGGGACUAUAGGUUUCCAAUAGGUAUUAUCUUUUCUUGACAUCUACGCCUGUCGUAUAGUGGUCCCGCGAGGCCAACACCCCGCCUCAACACUCGGAGGCAAACACCCAUCGGGCCACUCGUGAGCUAGCCGCCUCGCAUGGUAUAUAGAGAGGGCCUCACCUGUCACUCCCUUCCCCUUUUUUCUGGUUACAGUCACCGAGAGGCCAACAUCCUGCCACUACGUUUGGUGGCCACAAAAAUCCCCUCGCGCCAUUGCAUAGAUAGAGCCUCUCAAGCCAUUUGGCAACUAGCAGGGCCUCACCUGUCAACAAACAAAUGAUUUUGCUAGCAAGCCAGUACUAGCACACUGUGGGUUCAUAUAAUAAUGGCUAUCUUCAUGUUUUUUAGUAUGUAUCAAGCAGGUGGUAAGGAUUUCUCUCUACCUAACACUCCAGCUAGAGUCAACAAACUUCCACUUGGAGAAGAUGUUGCUAGUCCCACACGACAAUUUUGUCCCAACACAGCAGACGAUCACGUUUCAGGCUCCAGGUUCUAGCACCUCUGGUAGUAUGUAGAGAACUACCAGAGACAAAUUGGGUCGUCUCAUUCUCUUUGGCAAAUCCCAGAUUGGCAACAAUUUCCAUUUUGGCACAUGUAGUUUCAGUGCAUGCAGACUGUUGCAGAUAUGAUCUCAAUAUGUCAGGGCACAUGCAAAAAACCAUGUGUCCCAAUAAAUGUACCCUGAACCUUACUUCACGUCUGUAAACAUUAUGCAUUUCCAGUACUUUCUAACUCAUCACCCUUCCAGACAUUUAGUUGAUUUCCUAAUCUCUGAAUUUUAAAGGCCUUCCGGACAGGUAUUGCCAUAUACUUUUGGGGGAAUCUAGAAUGCCCUAACUUGCAGUCAUCACAGCAGCAUCCAACAGCUGGCAUUACACUCAUGGCCCAAGAAAUGGCAGAAAGAUUUCUACCUCCGAUUUACACCAUUUACAGCGUGGCGCAAUCGCAUUGGGAUUGUCACAGGGAAUCUUCCCUCACACUGUAACUGAUCAUAGACUUAUCUGCACCUCACGCCUCGGCUACCCCAAGUCUCAACUCCCUCAUAACCUCCGAGGAGUUUUCAUUACAGUAUGCCACCAUUGUUCAUACCAUUACAGCUAUCACUCAAGCGGGGGCGAAGCCUGGUUAAGUAAAAGUGAUAUCACAAAUGCAUUUCAGACUGCCAUCAUCCACCCUACACUGGCACUUACAGGGUAUUUAUGGGCAGCAGUUAUAUAUUUCUUCUCCCGCUUAGCUUUCGGGUCAAGAGCAGCCCACAAUUUUCAAUAUAUUCGUUGAACUCUUUGCUGGUUGUGGUUAAACAUAUCCAGAUGCCCCACAGUCAUACACUCCCGAGAUGAUUUCUUGUUGGUCAAAGGGAACGCCUUUCCCUCUAGAAGCUUCAAGGAAGCCAUUAGUAUGUCUGAACACUUGGGUGUCCCAGUAUUCCCUAAGGUCACAGAAGACCCAGACACUAUCGUUACAUUCCUGGGCAUACAACUUGACUCGGCAUCCAUGCCAACAAGUUACCACGUGAGAAAUAGGAGCAGUCGCAACAACAACAAUUACCACCUCCUGCUUGGUACGUGCAACCGCAUGGAACUACAAUCCCUACCAGGUUCCUUAAAUUUUGCCAUGCACAUCAUACCGCAGGCCGCGCUUUCAUAUAAGACCACUUUGCUUUUUCCACACUCCCGCAUGAUGAUCAGGGGCUGUCCCUAGACAACCAAGCCACGGCAGACCUACACAUAUGGUGGACUUUCUUAACCACACGUAAUGGUAAACUAUUGUGACAGCAGCCAUGGCAGGGGGGUCAUUUUUUUUUUUUUUUUUUAUUCUUUAUUUUUGUUGUGCACAAAUAACAAUCAGUCUUACCCUGCCACAUCAGCAGGAGCAACAGUAUAAACACAUUUAAUAUGACCGUGGCAUUUGAUAUACCUGCACAUUUUAAAAAUAAAUGCUCAGUACUCGGUGCAUACAAAAAACGUGUGGUACCGUGUUCUGUCUUACAGUUGUACAGUGCAUUGGCAGAUUUUAUAUUGUAUACAAAAAUUGAAAAAUCGACUGGGUUAUUAAAGCAGAAUAACUUGUGUCUUUGCUUUGUAUAUCCAUUGGUAGAGCAUGUUUGUGGACAGUGUAGUUUUUAGCCAGACGGGGCAUUGUAUAGUUGUGAAGGUGGAUGCUUGCACCCCAGCCGGCGUGGUGUCCGCAUGGGCAAACGGACCGUAUAUGGGACGUGUAUGGGAAAAGGGCCCCAGCCCCCGGUCCUGUCUCCACUGGGCCUGUCUCGGGUGCGGUGGUGUAGCGUGUGAGGAGCCCCCGUGGUCUGCCAUUAGCAGUGUCAUUGGGGUAUUGCUGGGGCAGCUUCGGCAGGGGGGUCAUUUAUGGUCAAGGUCAUGGAUUACAUGAACCUCGCCAACAUAACCGGGCUCUGACUAAACUGGCCUUGUCCACCAGCACUCAACAUGCUUGCUACAGGGUUUUCCACUUAUACAAUACGUUUCAUGUUGGACCAUCACUUAGAUAGCUGGUUUGAGGUUUCACCACUUAUGGCCUUCGCCUCUUUUUGCCACCUUAAGUUAAAAAUUCUCACACAACACGGUUAAACUUAUCUCACGGGCAUUCAACACUAUACGUAUUUCUCCUUCCCAAACUACAAGGAUUCCUAUCCUCCUACCCCAUCCAUACUUUACUUAGAGACAUAGCCAAGCGGACGUUCCUGCUAAAUUCCUUCCUAACUAAAUACUGGCCAUAGACAUACAAUGUUCAAACCAUGUCAGAACCACUCGACCAUGCACCUUCUGGGCCACGCACCAAUGCAGUUAUCAAAACCUGCUACCUAUCUAACCUUUAACGGCUUUCUCAGGUCAAAAAAAUAACUAUCAGCAGCCAACAUCAUAAACAAGAGUGCCUGUUGACCUCUUAUCUUCUAAAACACACAGACCAUUAUUUCCGGUCCCUUCCUAAAACUAAGACGAGUCAGAUGGGCGAGCCAGUGCAAAUAACCUACUACCUUACAAGCAAUGCUGGGUGCCCAAUUAAGGUACUGGUUACUUUCUUGGGCACGCCACCAUAUGCACCACUGAACCAUUACUGUCGCUGUACGAUACUGUCCUUACCACAGGUAUGUUCAUGCACUAUGUCCACCUACUCAUUCACCGGGCUCGAACUAAACCCUAGCGACUACUCAGGGUACUCCUUUAGGAUAAGAGCAGCCUCCACGGCCUAUAUCCAAGACAUCCCCGCACACGUUAAGACACACGGGGCCGCUGGGAAUCAUAGGCUUAUGCGACUUACAUACCACAGCCGAUUCAGGAAUUAGGAAGCUUUCAUUAAAAUGUCUACCUGAUGGUUAACAAAUGCACUAUGAUCCUGUAUCAUGUUUUGCAUUAAUAUGUCUCUUUUUGCCCACUUUUUACCGGCCUACAGCAUACGUCGGUUUCGGCACACCUCAACCGAUUAUUCCUAAAGCUACAUCUCUACAACCCAUCUUAUUCUAUAUCAAAUGAGAAUGCCCCGAACACAAAUUGGAAGGCAUGGCCUGAAGUUGUGGGAGGGGCUAUAGACCUAUAAAAGGGACCCCCCCUUUCCCUACUUACCUUUGUUGGUCAGAUGAAUAGCCCCACCCUCCACUCCCAUUGUUCAUAUUUCCUCUAUGUAAGCCCACUUAUUACCGGCCUACAGCAUACGUCGGUUUCGGCACAGCUCAACCGAUUAUUCCUAAAGCUACAUCUCUACAACCCAUCUUAUUCUAUAUCAAAUGAGAAUGCCCCGAACACAAAUUAUUCUUAUUCUUAUUAUAGCUAAAUUUACCACACCAACUCCUCCCACAGUUUUUACACUACAUAGACAGAAAUAUGCCAAAACGUGCGGAUUGUUCCCGAUCAGAUUUCUAUUACUUUGUGGAACGUUUCGCCGAAUGGUUCACGGAAUAUCUUCGUUCUUGUGGCGAAAUUGGUCCCAUAGGAAUGAAUAGCAAAAUGUUCAAAACUAGAGUGGGAGCUGGCAAAAGCUCAUUUUCAAGCCCACCUAUUGUGAUUCUCACAAUAUAAAGCACUUCGCUGUAGGAUAUUGUGAUCCUUGUUUGCAGAUAGCACGGUUCUCUAGGGUAAACAACAGGCACAGUCCUUUUAUUUUCAUAUAAUCCAGGCACUUUAUUUGUAAGUCCACACAGGAGACAGCGGCAAAUGAAAACAAAUAUAAUAUAAAUCCCUAUAAACAAAAACCUAGCUCGUCUGAGCACUUACUAGCAUUAGGUUCCCUAUCUCUCAGGGGUUAAACUAGAACAAAACAAUAUUGGUUUCUUUAUCAGCUCUCUGCACUCCAGUGCUUAGUCAGCCUGUUGCUUUCCUUUCUACACUCCCAGUGCUCCAAGCCAGCCUUAACUGCUUUCCUUUCUGCACUCCCAGUGCUCCAAGCCAGCCUUGACUGCUUCCUUCUGCGCUCCCAGUGCCCAGUCUCCUUGACUCUCUCACUGGAGAGAACAGCCCCUCUCUUAUUGCUUCCAGGGAGGAAGCCAGCAAUCCCCCUUUACCUGCCUAGCAGGGAGGGGUUUAUUCCCACUGCUACAGCUGAUUAUCUGCAGCUGAUCAGUGGGUUGGAGACAGUUCCAAAAAACUCUGGCCUGGACCUUAUUUCUCCCAGUUGUGUAUAAACUGAGGAGUGGAGCAUUAGCCCACCCUGCUCUCCAAAUGCUCCACCCCAGGGGCCCAUAACUAAACUUUGGUUUGUGUUGCCUACAACACAUACUACACAUACUCCCCCUGGAGUUAAAUGUUAUAGGUCUAUCUGCCUUCACUUUAUCACAUAUCCUUCCCCCAGCUCAGACCCAUUGGGGGCGAGUGGCCUUCAAACACAAACCGUGAACAUUCAUAUCACCUAGGGCUGUACCAGCUCUGACUAGCUUCUCAGUUACAGGAAGUGGCCUGUGCGGAAAGGGUGCUGGUGCACCAAGCAACCUGAAUGGCAGUACUUUAUGUUGCCAUAACCCAUCGGGAGCAGAAGACGCUGUCCGUCCCUUUGCUUUCUCUGUCAGGGUAACCUGCCAAUACCCUAUGACCAGGUCCAAGGUACUCAGAUACCUGGCCUUACAUAUUCGCUCUUGUGUUUGAGCUACAUGUACUAUAGGGCAUUUAACAUUUGCAACCUCUGUAACAAACUCUACCUCUGCCGUGGGGUAUGUGCGGGGGUCACCAUGUGUACUCACAAUAUUAAUCAUUUGUCUUGUGUCACAUUUCUCUGGCUGGAGCAGAACACUUUUUAUCAAAGUAACCUCACUCCCUGAAUCAAUUAGUGCUUGUACACAAUUCCCUUCCACCAUCACCACUUUUAACUGUGCUGUAACACCAACACUACUCACCACACACAUCUUAAAGCAAGUCAAUACAAUCCUAUGCAGAGCCCUUUUUCUUAUGUCACAUUGUAUUGGCUCUUCACUCUCAGGACAGUUAUAUGUAAUAUGUUCUUGCAUGUGGUAGUUGAAGCAUCUGAGUUUUUUCUCAGCCUGGUCUCGUAGCCGUAAUGAGACUUUUGGGUACGUUCUACCAUCAUAACUAUAUUGUCCCAGGCUCAGUAUCAGGUUUUGUCCUUUCUUUCCAGUUCCCCUGCUUAUCUGGUUGCUAGUGGAUCUAGGCUGAUGAUCAAUACUGUGUGGCUCCUUAGCAGCCAAGUUCCUCUCAAUCACUGUGGCAAACCUAGCCACUUAAGACUAUUGCAUGUGUGGAUAUUAGAAGGUUUGCUGGCUGUGCAAACCAAGUGUAAUGUAGUAUGGAGCGUUAAUGCGAACAAGAGCGUUCGUAUGCUUGUAAUACGUGAAACCCAGCAUUGCCUAUGCAGUUUCACGAACAGUGAGUUUAACCCCUUAAGGACACAUGACAUAUGUGACAUGUCAUGAUUCCCUUUUAUUCCAGAAGUUUGGUCCUUAAGGGGUUAAACACUGUUCAUGAAACGAAUGACCUACCGAACGGUCGACCACACACAGGAGGUCGUGUGGCGCCCAUUAACCGAUUGCAACAUUGUUGCUAUCGGUAGUUAAUGACUUCCCUAGGUGGCCGUCGUUCGGCUACCGACCACGCGGCGUCUGCCAUCUUGAUUCCUUUAUUAGCCCAGCGGGGUUUUGCCAUCGAGCGCCUGGAACUAAAAACGGCUACUCGACGGCGCGAACCCCACUGGACUUCCAGGCUGUUCGGGAGUCCCGGCCGUUCGGUAGUUUGUUCCCCUAAUAUCAAUCGCUAUUUUAACCGUAUGUUGGAAAUAAUGUGUGUUUCGUACGGCGUUCGGUUAGUUAGACUGGGAGCUGAGCGGUAUUUCCACGAACUAUGCGCUCAGCCUCCAGCUAUCUACCGAACAUCCAUUCGUGUAAAACAAGUGAAUAUUGUUAAAGUUAUGGAUUUUUAUGUGAAAUGUAAGUUCUGCUGCACGGAGGGAUAAUCCCAUUAACUGUAUAUUCCAGUGGGAGUAUCCCUCUCGUCCAGCAGUGCAUUGUAACGGAUCACCUGGCACCCCGACUGGGUACCUCUGUUGAAGGAUGCUCCUAGCGCUUCCUGAGGACUCCAAGCACUGCAGCAGACACCACAACCACCCCAGACUCCGCAACCGCUGUAGCUUGACUGGAGUCUCACCGUCUUCCUUCCACCCUGGAUCAUGCUUUUCAGCUUGCUAAAGACUUCUUCUACUGCCUCUGUCAUCUUAUGCAGGAUGUCAGUAGCUUGGUUACGGGGUCCCUUGUCCCCAUGCUCCCUGCAGGGGGCAAUCUGCAAAACUUUAGUAAGGGCAGCUCUAUGCUCCUGCUGAGCAUCCCUCAGGUUCUUAACCUGUGCAGCCAGGAAAUGGUUGGUGUCUUGUUCUUUAGCAGUUGCCUGUACCACAGCCCUCAGCAGGUCCUCCAUUAUAGCACCAAGCAGGUAACAGUCUUAAAGGUACAGUGCUAUGUGUUUGCUUAACAGGUCUGCAAAAAUAAAAGUCCUCAAGCAGACUACCGAAUGACUGGCACACCCACAGACCCUCAAUGUGCUACUAUGCCUGCAUUCUCCACCAUAUUGCCAUAUUGUGAUCCUUGUCUGCAGGUAGCACGGUCCUCUAGGGUAAACAACAGGCACAAUCCUUUUAUUUGCAUAUAAUCCAGGCACUUUAUUUGUAAGUCCACACAGGAGACAGCAGCAAAUGAAAACAAAUAUAACACAAAUCCCUAUAAACAAAAAGCCUAGCUCGUCUGAGCACUUACUAGCAUUAGGUUCCCUAUCUCUCAGGGGUUAAACUAGAACAAAACAAUAUUGGUUUCAACAACCUAGUGUCUUUGUCAGCUCUCUGCACUCCAGUGCUUAGUCAGCCUGUUGCUUUCCUUUCUACACUCCCAGUGCUCCAAGCCAGCCUUAACUGCUUUCCUUUCUGCACUCCCAGUGCUCCAAGCCAGCCUUGACUGCUUCCUUCUGUGCUCCCAGUGCUCAGUCUCCUUGACUCUCUCACUGGAGAGAAUAGCCUCUCUCCUACCUGCUUCCAUUGAGGAAGCCAGCAAUGCCCCUUUACCUGCCUAGCAGGGAGGGGUUUAUUCCCACUGCUACAGCUGAUUAUCUGCAGCUGAGCAGUGGAUUGGAGACAGUUCCAAAAAACUCUGGCCUGUACCUUAUUUCUCCCAGUUGUGUAAAAACUGCGGAGUGGAGCAUUGGCCCACCCUGCUCUCCAAAUGCUCCACCCCAGGGGCCCAUAACUAAACUUUGGUUUGUGUUGCCUACAACACAUACUACACAUGUGGGUUAAAUGUUAUAGGCCUAUCUGCCUUCACUUUAUCACAAUAUAUAGUUUUUAAAAUACGACCGUUUGAAGUUGGCAACUGCCAAAAUACUCUGACCUGUGCCAGGCUGGAGCAGCAAGUGAUGUCAUAGACAGGGCCUUUUGUACACCUGCUAAUGUUUUUAUAAAUGUAUGUUUUAAUGUAACUGUGAAGCACUUUGGGCAACAACGUUGCAAUUAAAUGUGCUAUAUAAAUAAAUAAGUUACUCCGCCCACUCCAGUUGUAGACUACUGGUGGAGGCAAGAACACUUUACACAAUUUCCCCAGAAACUGUAGCUUUUCUAGUUAAGGGUUCUUGUAUAGCAAGACCACUUAAUGUUAUCUCACAUAUAUAUUUUUCUUAUUAUUAUAGCCAAAUUUACCACCCUAACUGCUCCCACAGUUUUUACACUACAUAGACAGUAAUAUACCGAAACGUGCGGAUUGUUCCCGAUUGGAUUGCUAUUACUUUGUGGAAUGUUUCGCCAAAUGGUUCACCGAAUAUCGUCGUUCUUGUGGCGAAAUUGGUACCAUAGGAAUGAAUGGCAAAAUGUUCAAAACUAGAGUGGGAGCUGGCAAAAGCUGAAAAAUCAGGAUAUGAUUUCUAAACUGCCACCACUCCCUCAUUUUCAAGUCCACCUACACAAAUCUUAUAUCAAAACAUUCAGCUAUCCCUGCUGCCACUAAAAAUGUCCACGGCUAAGCCAUAGUCCUGAUAGUUUUCACAAUAUGACCAUUUGUUUGCAACUCACGCCGUCAUUGAAAUUCAUUGAAACUUCACUCUAGCCAGCUCAAACUUCAAGGGCAAUUUCUAAACUGCGACUGUGCCUUAAUUUUUAAUACUUCAGAGACAUACUAUGCAUCGAAAUGUAGGUCUGGGUCUUGUGAUUCUCACAAUAUAAAGCUAUAAAGAUUUAUAGUUUUUAAAAUACGACCAUUUGAAGAUGGCAACCGCCAAAAUACUCUGACCUGUGCCAGGCAAGUGAUGUCAUAGACAGGUUGUAACGGAUCACCUGGCACCCCGACUGGGUACCUCCGUUUAAGGAUGCUCCUAGCGGACUCCAAGCACUGCAGCAGACAUCACAACCACUGAACCGGAGAAGCAUACGAAUGCUCUCAAGCAUAUGAAUGCUGUAAGCAGCUGAACAGGAAAAGCAUACAAUCAGCUUACACUCCUGGCAAUAAGCAUACAAUCCAAUUCCCCCAAUAACGAGACGACACUUCAUUUUGAGGUCAAGCAGAACUGCCUGUACUGGCACAUACAGCCUCUUUUAUUCACAUUCUACAAACAUAGUACUGCCCACAGGGUUUUGAAAUACAACCAAUCAAUCCGUACAAUACACACAGACACUCCCACACAAAAUCCUCCCCUCUGCCUGUGAUAUGAUUACUGAACACAAUGGUUAAUAUAAUUAUCACAGACAGAGAAAUACAGUAUUAUAAAACACAUCACAGGGCUCCCAAAACAUGCAAUAACCCCAUAAAAACCACAUAUCCACAAUUCACCCAGAUCCGUUCAGUAGUUUGGAAGAUACAGUUUAAUGCAGAUUCCGCAGAACAUAUACAGGCUAUAUGAAAAAUAAUUACUGUAUAAUGUGUCCCCUGUUGUAUAGUUUAAAACUACGGCACGAUGUCUUGGUGCACCAAAUACCGGCGAGAUGGCACCGUGUAGAAAAGUCCAAACAGUGUGAGUUAAAAUGGCCGCCAUCCAUUGUUCUCACCAUGUGCUUCAUCCAUUGUUCUCACCAUGUGCCUCUGAUACAGGAAAUGGUGGCCACCCAGUAACUCCACAGUAUGUCCCCAGAUGGUUCUUAAAGGGCCAGCAGCAGCACAACACAAAUCCAUUAUGCCCAAAUCAUGUCUUUAAAGGGCAAUACAUCCCAGGGGCCAUAGUCACAUGGCAGGAGGCUGGCAAUCAGUCUUCUCCAAUGGCCAGUGGCGAGGUCAGUUUCGCCACACAGGGCCUUUUGUACACCUGCUAAUGUUUUUAUAAAUGUAUGUUUUAAUGUAACUGUGAAGCCCUUUGGGCAACAACGUUGCAAUUAAAAGUGCUAUAUAAAUAAAUAAUCGUUACUCCGCCCACUCCAGUUGUAGACUACUGGUGAAGGCAAGAACACUUCACACUAUCUAGUUUUCUAUAUUAUUAAUACCUUAGGUUUCUUUGCUUCUGAGGAAUAAAAGAAAGAGAUAAGCCUAAAACUCGCCUCCGUGUCCUUAAUAAAAUCAUGACUUUACGUCAUGUAAUUAGUAAAAUCUGGUAAUUGUGUGCCACACUCCUAUUACUCUCCCAUAAUGGAUUGGCCCAAGAUAAAGCUUUACCUUUUAACUGAUUCAUCAUUCAUUCUUGAAUAUUACCAUCAAAAUGCAGGGGAGGAGAUAGGGAGAUAGUAGGUGCCUUGUGUACUAUAGGUGGAGGUAAAUAAGGUGGAGGAGCAGCCGCGGUUGCAGAUGCGCUGUUCGAGUAAGAAGCGUACUGAAGGCCUGGGCAAAUUGAUCCAUGCGGUGAUCAUUUUCUUCCAGUUUCCUUUCGCAAGCAGCUAUGUGCUUACACAAUUCUACAGGAUCUAUGGCCAUGUCGUAAUGUCAGGAUUAGAGUAUGAUCCAGCACAUAGAAUUGUGUAACACAGAGGACUGAUAGGUAACGUAUACCUGACCUUAGAAUGGCCGGACUAACGUACCAAAGAAUAGUCAGGAAUAGCCGAGGUCAAGGGAAACAGAGAGACACACAACGAUAAGGAAAAGUCAGGAGUCAGGGAUGCUAGAAAACAGCGAAGUCAAAAACAAUGCCAAAGUCAAAUAUCCAGAAUAACCAGAAUCAAUAACGCGCUCUCGGACAACCACAAUGGGAACCACGACAGGGCACUGAGCAGGAUGAGAACUGGGCCUAAAUACCCCUCCUCUAGAUCUUAUAGGCUGUAACCGGCCUUUGACCCCAAAGGCAGUUACCAGGUUCCCAUUUGCAUAAUUGCUGCUCAGCAUUAACCCUUCUGUGGAUUGAUUGCUGCUCGGCAGAACUUUUCCUGUCUGGACAGUAAAUGCCAUUAAUCACAUUUUUAUGUGCAGAUGAAUACGUGACAGAGCGAGAGGGAGAUACGUAUGGCCGCUAGCUCCUCCCCCCAGAACAUAACUUUUAAAUUAAAGAUAACACUAUUACUAUAAAGGUUUGUGUUGUGCUGAAAUUGCUUUAGACAAUACUUUCUCUAAACAAUUAUUAUUAUUAUUAUUAUUAUUAUAGAGACACUAAAUAGUCACUAAAACAGCUGUAUCUUAAUGAACCAGUUUUGGUGUAUAUAAUCAUGCUUCUGCUGUCUCAAUGCUCAAAUCUCCAGUUAAAUCACUUUGUUUAUACGAAUGUAGUCACACCUCCCUGUAUGUUAUUUACUUAAUGCGUGACCCCGACAGGACUAACAGACACAUAUUUAUAACCAGAUGAUUUGGACACAGUAACAGAGGGACUGAGGGCCUGCUCAGUGAGUUUACAUGUUAGAGGGAGUGGGGUAUAGUGACACAGUAACAGAGGGAUUGAGGACCCUGCUCAGUGAGUUUACAUGUUAGAGGGAGUGGGGUAUAGUGACACAGUAACAGAGGGAUUGAGGGCCCUGCUCAGUGAGUUUACAUGUUAGAGGGAGUGGGGUAUAGUGACACAGUAACAGAGGGAUUGAGGGCCCUGCUCAGUGAGUUUACAUGUUAGAGGGAGUGGGGUAUAGUGACACAGUAACAGAGGGAUUGAGGGCCUGCUCAGUGAGUUUACAUGAUAGAGGGAGUGGGGUAUAGUGACACAGUAACAGAGGGAUUGAGGCCCUGCUCAGUGAGUUUACAUGUUAGAGGGAGUGGGGUAUAGUGACACAGUAACAGAGGGAUUGAGGGUCCUGCUCAGUGAGCUUACAUAUUAGCGGAAGUGGGGUAUAGUGACCAUAACAGAGGGAUUGAGGGCCCCGCUCAGUGAGUUUACAUGUUAGAGGGAGUGGGGUAUAGUGACACAGUAAGAGAGGGAUUAAGGGCCCUGCUCAAUGAGUUUACAUGCCAGAGGGAGUAUGGUAUAGUGAAACAAAAGGUAAGGGUAGUGUAGAAAAGUAGGUUUCUAGAAUAGUAUUCUCUGAGGGCUUAAUGUUGUGUUGAUGACAGUUGCAGGAGAGGAAUUAGGGAGUGGGGAGGUAAAGUUUAAUUGAUAUGCUUUCGUGAUGAAGUGAGUUUUCAGUGAUUUUGUGAAGGAGUGGCGAUUGGGUGAAAGUCUAACAGAGAGGGGAAGGGUGUUCUAUAGGAACGGCGCAGCCCUAGAGAAGUCUUUAAGGUGAGCAUCAGAGGUAGGAGUACCAACAGAGGUUAGACGUAGGUCUCUGGCAGAGUGUAGGGGACUAGACUGGACAUACGUGUGUAUUAUGGAGGAUACGAAGGUUGGAGCAGCAUUGUGUAGAGACUUGUAAACAAGUACCAGGAUCUUAAAUUGAGCCCUGUAUCUUAUGGGAAGCAAAUGAAAGGAAGGACAGAGGGUUGAGGUGUGGAAGGUGCAGGCGGACAGGAAGAUGAGCCUCGCCACCGCAUUCAUUAUAGACUGUAACAGGGCAAACUGGGAACAUGUAGGACCAGUGAGAAGCGGAUUACAGUAGUCAAGGUGAGAGAAGACAACGUCACAUACCAGCACAUUAGCCACAUUCGGCGUUAAAUAGGGGCGGAUACGUGCUAUGUUUUUGAGAUGGAAGUGGCAAGAUUUGGCGAUUGACUGGGUUGAAGUAGAGGUAAAAGUCAAAGAACACCUAGGUAGUGAACUUGUGAGGUAGAGCUGACGGUAGUGUCGUUGAGUUGAAGGGAGACAGACAUGGUUCACCCCUACACACAUGCUGUGUGACCCUCAUUAUCUCAUCAGCAUUCACCCCUUCCCUAUGCUGUCUGACCCCCAUUAUCUGAUCAGUUUUCACCCCUCCCUCAUGCUUGCUGACUCCCAUUAACUGAGCAGUAUUCACCCCUCCCCCAUGUUGUGUGUCCCCAUUAUCUGAUCGGUAUAUACCUCUUCCCCAUGUUGUGUGACCCCAUUAUCUGAUCAUUAUUCACCCGUCCCCCAUGUUGUGUGACCCCAUUAUCUGAUCAGUAUUCACCCCUCCCCCUUGUUGUGUGACCCCAUUAUCUGAUUGGUAUAUACCCCUCCCCCAUGGUGUGUGACCCCAUUAUCUGAUUGGUAUAUACCCCUCCCCCAUGUUGUGUGACCCCAUUAUCUGAUCAUUAUUCACCCCUCCCCCUUGUUGUGUGACCCCAUUAUCUGAUUGGUAUAUACCCCUCCCCCAUGUUGUGUGACCCCAUUAUCUGACCAGUAUUCACCCCUCCCCCAUGUUGUGUGACCCCAUUAUCCGAUUAAUAUUCUGCUUCUUUGUAUUUAAACAGAUUUAUAUUCUGUGAAAUGGACAGAACUGUAAUGAUAUAAAUAUUGAUGGAUGGGAGAAAAUAAUCAAUUUAAUUGAUUUGUUGCUUCUUUUUAGAGUUUUUGGAUGAUGUCAUGGUUGAUGCGUGUAAUAAAUAUAACGGGCUCAGUUACCACACUUUGCCGACCCUCUUCUUGGAAUUUCACGGCACAGAGAGUGGAGUGCGAGAGCAAGUACAACAGACAGGUACUGAGUGUGCAUGAAACGCGCUGCCACCGAUAAGACUGAUGGUCCUGGCAGGGGCACAGGUUGAGCUAAGGCUAUUAUCCAACAUGGAAUAGGAAAGGAAACCAUGGGCUUUAAUUUAUAUAAAACAACUGCAACCAUUUUUAAAGCUAUGUCCAUCUGUUCCAAUUUCCCAGAGGAGAUAACUCAACUAAAUGGCGGCUCAGACUUCACUUGGGCGAGGGAUCAGGAGGAGAGAAGCAAGCUGUGGACUGCCCGGCACAACGCGUGGUAUGCCGCCCUGGCACUGCGUCCAGGAUGCAGGGUGAGAUAUCUGUUAAUACUAUUAAAGUACACUUCCACGUUAAUCAUCCUUAUGGUCUGAAUAUAAAGGACUAUAUUGUGAGGGAUCAUCUAUUGCCUAUUAAUAGUACAAUUACACUUUUAGUUUCAGACAUUUUUUAUGGAGACUGAAAAUUGUGAUAUCAAUGACAAGCCAUGGUUCAUCAUCAGCUGAGAAUGAGCAUGAAACAGGUUAAAGAACCUAAUUUUUACAAAAUUAAUUUCUUCUAAAUGCCCAAAUGUUUUCAUAUGCAUCUCUUGGUAUCUGGAUGUAGGUAUUAGUUUAUAGAGUUUGAGGAAAGUGGAUUAUAAAGUAAGAAAAUGUUUAUUCAAUUUUGUCAGUCCAUUGGUGGUUGUGACGAACUGAACCUCAUCACAGGUGCUUGGAGGGGCCUGCUGGCCAGCCUCUUGCCAAAAGACUACGGGCCAAGUCAACAAUUGUAAAGACCCAUAUUUAAUUUUUUUCUGGUUCCCCUGGUUUGGCACUUUCCACAGAACCAAACGCUAGCUCCCUGGCGGCCAUUCGCUUGGACCAAAACCGCGAAUAGACUUCAGAGGGACUUAGCCAGGAAUGCCCUGGAACUAUUUUCAGCAUGAAGACUUCACGCUUCCUGGUCGGUCGCUAGCUGCACUUAGCAACCGUUUUGGGCAUGGGACCAUGUGUGCGGUCGGUAAAACCUAUGACUUCCAUGAAAUUCCUGAACCCCUGAACUGAUCUGGGUGUUUUUUGGAUAUGAUGGUCACCCAGAUCAGGGCUAUCAGGGGAUAUUAUGUGUUUUAAGGUAUUUUGGGGGGUUUGUAAAAAUGUGUGUUUUUUGUGUUUGGAGAUAAUUAAGUUUAGUAUAGUGCUUGACUCAAUUAUCUCCUAAGUAAAGGGGAAGUCUUAUUGUAUUGUAUUUGGAACUGUCAUGCAUUUUAACACUGGUAUUAUUGGUCUGUGACUUUGUAACGGAGUUCCCCACAAGGUCCAUGUGGGAGUGCCCCUUGCAUGGGGAUUGUCAUAAAAGGCCAAGUGUGGCACCAUUAAAAUAAGUUCCUCUUCACACUCAACAUAGAACCUCGUCUCAGGUGUGGAGGGAACAGCUAUAUUCACUAUGGGGAUUGCUAUACUCAAUAUACUCCCCUGGGUUCUAAUCACUAGCUCUAAGAGCUGUUUCUGCUGUACUCUCUGGAGUAGGAGAGGUUCACCCACUGGAAGCUGGAUCCUGGUCUUGGAUCCAGGGUGGGUGGAGGACGGCAAGAUUCCCAACCAAGCUGCGUCGGUUUGUGGGAGUCUACGGUGCUGAUGGUGUCUGGUGGAGUGCUCGGAGUCCUCGGUGAGUACUAGGAGCAUCGAAUGGUGGAGGCACCCGGUCGUGGUGCCAGGCGGUCCGUCACAGUGGUGUCGUCGUAAGGAAAGAGCGUAUGGGUCCAAUCUGUAAGGAAGCUUGUCGAGUAGAAUAGAGAUCUACAUUGUGUAUCCAGUCGAUGGGACUCAUAUGUGAUGUGAUGGAGUGUAGAAAACUAUGAAUUUGAAAGCAACUUAAAAGCUUAAUGUUAAUGGCAGGGAAAUUAUCUUUUAAUUUAGUAUUUUUUUCGUAGAGGCGUCCACACAUUGUCCAAUUUCUCAUAGAUCUAGGUUGAACAACGCCCUUAACGGAAGAGGGUUGUUGUAGGGACAUGUUGGGCCACUGAUAUCUCUGCUAUGGCCAUCAUGAUCCCCUGUAUAGAUUGGGUAAAUCCCAGUUGUCGGGGGUAUAGAAUAUGAGUUAAGAUUUGCAACAUUUGACUCGCAAUUAUUAUUGAUAAAAGUUUAAUCAGGAGGCUUGAGGGUCAAAAUGGUCCUAGCCUCAGCUAGUCCCUUCAGGGAGCACUCAUUGAGGUAUAUGUCAUUACAUAGAGUGGUGAAGGGGUCCAAGAGGUGUCCCGCUGUUCACUGUGUUUUAAAGUAUUCUGAGUUGAAUCCAUUGGACCUGUGGCUUUCCCUAUGGGCUGGCUGGUGAUGAUAACACCUUUAAAAAAGAAUUGGCACUUUUAGUAAUGGAAUGCCACCAUUAAUAACAAAUUGGCACUUUUAGUAAUGGAAUGCCACCUUUAAUAAAGCAUUGACACUUUUAGUAAUGGAAUGCCACCUUUAAUAACACAUUGGCACUUUUAGUAAUGGAAUGCCACCUUUAAUAACACAUUGCCACUUUUAGUAAUGGAAUGCCACCUUUAAUAAAGAAUUGGCACUUUUAGUAAUGGAAUGCUGUAACGAAUCCGCUAUACUGACUGAGUAUAUCUGUUAGAAGUCUCCCAAAUCCCAAGCGAAGCAGUGAUUAAAGCUCUUGGUUACGCAAACAUCAGCCGAGACUUGAUGAAGGGUACAACAGGAUCUCUUUAUUAAAGGCCAGAUGCACAGACCCCCACUGGGGGUCUCCACCCACAGUAAUGUAAAACAUAAGCCCGCCCCGGCAUCGCUGUGUCUUGGAGAUAAUUGUAUCUCCCAGGCACAGGAAGCCGACACACAAAAAUACAUAUAAUACAAUAAUGCAUCCCCGCAUGUCGUACAUCCCUAAAUAGCUCGUGGUCCCAGCUAGGAUCCCUGCAAAUUUCAGGGCAAUCGGAUGUACAGACCCUGGGAAGUUGUCAUGUAAAGUCUGGUCUCGAGGAUCUGUUCAUACCCGAAAAUAGUUCUAUAAGAUCACUUGGUUUCGCGCCUAAACCAAGCAGCGGCCAAUUGACAGGAUUACUAAAUGAUCCAACAUGUAGGAUCCAACACUUAGGAUCAAUAGGUAACGUAUUACCAGGCCUUAGAAUGGCCGGAGAGACAAUGAUAAGGGAAAGCCAGAAGUCAGGGAUACCAGAAUACAGGGGAGUCAAACGAAGCCAAAGUCAAAAACCAGAAUAUAAAUGCUCAGGAACACACUCUCGGGCAACCACUAUAAAAACCACGGCAGGGCAAUGAGGAAAAGUAAUUUUGAGCUUAAAUAUGCGCUUUACAUUUCUGAUUGGCCGAGAAUGGCCUUUUACCCCAAAACGUGCGCGCACAUCUCCCGCAUGACGUCACGCGCAUGCCGAUGUCGUCAUUAACGUGGACGGGCGUGGAGGUAUAAUUUGGCGUGGAUCCGCAGCGGCCGGCAUCUAUUGACAUUUCGCAAGAGUCAUUUCUGCAGGCGCACGGCCGCUGGGCACAAAUACCGCAAGGUGAGGAGGAAUAGGUUAAAUUACCACCCACCUGAAGACCAGGCUUGGACCGGACCAGGCUUGAGAGGAAAUUUGGCAUGAAAGGAACAAAUUUUGCGGCCAGCAUGGAUGUCAGAGGCCAGAACUUAAGAACGUUCAGCAGGCCCAUACCCCCUCCAAUCAACCAAAUACUGUAAGGUGCCACAAGAAAACUUGGAAUUAAUUAUGGAGGAGACCUCAUACUCCUCCUGUCCAGAAACAACCAAUGGAGGAGGGGGAACACUGGGGACAGUAUAUCUAUUUCAAACAAGUGGAUUGAGCAAGGAGACAUAAAAGGUGUUGGGAAUAUGCAAAGAAGCAGGAAGUGCCAGAGAAUAAGAGACAGGAAUAAUUCUCCUAAUGAUAUGGAACAGACCAAGGAACCUGGGGGCAAACUUCAUGCUAGGAACUUUCAGCCUAACGUUGCACGAUGAUAACCACACCCUCUCACCCACUUGGUAAACAGGGUUGGCACUCUGCCGUUUAUCAGCAUAAUACUUGAAACGAUCAGCUGCAGUUUCCAGAGCGGAGUGAACCUUGGUCCACGUCUAAUGGAUAGAAGCAAGGUGAUCAUCCAAAGCAGGUAUAGCCAUGUCAGAGAAAACAGCUGGUAGUACAGUAGGAUGACGACUGUUAUUAAUGAAGAAAGGACUAUGACCAGAAGGGUCAUGAUUAGCAUUGUUUCUAGCAAACUUGGCCCAGGGAAGUAAUUAUCUUGAGUGCUAUUAACAAAACAACGCAAGUAUAAUUCCAGAGACUGGUUAGCCCUCUCAGCCGUGCCAUGGAGAUGGUGCCAUGGAGAAAGCCCUCCAAAACCAAGACACAAACUGAGAACCUCUGUCAGAGACAAUAUUGUGAGGGAUGCCGUGUAAUCGGACAAUUUCACGUAUAAAAAUAAGAACUAAGUCUUGAAGUGGGACAAAAUGAGCCAUCUUGGAAAAUCGGUUAACCCCCAUAAGGAUGGUGGUAUAGCCAUUAGAACUAAGAAGUUCCACAAUGAAAUCCAUGGACAAAUGGGACCACAGGACACUGGGUACGGCAAGUGGAUGUAAUGAUUAAAACGGAAGUAUGAGGUACUUUAGAAACUGCACACACAGAACAGACCUACACAUAUUCCUUAACAUCUUUUCUGAGGGAACCCCACCAAAAUGAUCUCAUGAUCGCGGAUAUAGACUUAUUAAUUCCCAGGUGUCCAGCAGUCACGUUGUUAUGGAAUACUUUCAUGACAUUUUUCUUUUCACCCAAUGGAACAAACAAUCUAUCCAGUGGUUUAUUGCAUGGCGCCUGAGACUGAACCUCCAUGAUGGCGCCAAGCAGAAGAGACGAUAAGGAAAGGACAGUGGAAGCGUUAAUACACUCAGGAGGAAUAAUAGGGGAUGUCUCCUGUUCCUGUACUGAUUCAGUAUCAAACUGUCUAGAUAAGGCCUUCACAUUUUUGAGACCAGGUCUAUAAGUUAUUAGAAAGUUAAAGCGAGAAAGGAACAGAGACCAUCUAGUCUGUCUAGAAGAUAGUCAUUUAGCACCCCCUAUAUAAGCCAAAUUUUUAUGGUCAGUAAUAAUCAACAGGGGGUCCUUGGAACUCUCUAAAAGAUGUUGGCAUUCAUUGAGUGCUAGUAUAUUGGCCAACAAUUCUCUAUUGCCAAUAUCAUAAUUGUGCUCAGCAGGGGACAACUUUCUACUGAAGUAACCACAUGGAUGCAAAGGAGUAUCCUGGCUCUCCCUCUGGGAGAGAACAGCCCCCACCCCAGUCUCGGAGGUAUCAACCUCCAAUAUAAAGGGUUUGCUGGUGUCGGGAUGAAUCAAUAUGUCAGCAGAAGCAAACCUUUGUUUGAGGAGUUCAAAAGCUUCUCUAGCCUCCUUAGACCAUAUCGUACUGCUAGUCCCCUUGCGUGUCAUAUUGGUGAUGGGGGCUACCACAGGAGAGAAUCCUUUGAUAAAUCUCCUGUAAUAAUUGACAAACCCAAUAAACCUUUGAAUGGCUUUUAAUCCAUUGGGCAAAGGUCAAUUUAGAACAGAUUCUAAUUUAUGAUGAUCCAUCUGAAACCCAGAGGGAGAAAUGUUAUACCCUAAAAACUGUACUUCAGUCUGAUCAAAGAUGCAUUUUUCCAGUUUACAAUAAAGCUGUUUUUUUAGUAAAGUUUGCAAUACUUGUUUAACAUGUUCAUGGUGAAUCUGAGGGUCGGGGAAUAUAUAAGGAUAUCAUCCAGAUAGACUAGGACAAAUUAAUAAAUAUAGUCCCUGAGUAUGUUAUUAAUAAAGUCCUUGAACACGGCCGGAGCAUUGCACAACUCGAAGGGCAUCACAAGGUACUUCUAGUGUUAAAUGCCGUUUUCCACUCAUGAUUUUCCUAUAUCGUUGCCAAAUUAUACGCACUCCAGAGGUCAAGUUUGGUAAAGACUUUAGUACCCUGGAGUCUGUCAAACAAUUUUGAAAUGAGGGGAAUGGGAUAGGCAUAUUUAAUGGUGAUUUUGUUUAAUGCCCUGUAGUCAAUGCAUGGACAUAAUUCACCAUCUUUUUUAGACACAGAAAAGAAUCCUGCACCAGCAGGCGUGGAUGAUUUACGUAUGUGGCCCUUGCGUAGGGAGUCUUGGAUGUACUCCUCCAUUAUUCUACUCUCCUUUUGCUCAAAGCAUAUACUGCUCCCUUAGGUGGCAUAGCGCCAGGUAGUAGGUUUAUGGAGCAGUCAUAUGGUCUGUGAGGAGGUAGAAUAUCGGUUCGACUCUUACUGAAUACCUCCUUAACCCUUGCAUGAAGAGUCCUUCUUGUUACAUUUGAUCGUAAUAUCGAGGAGAAACCUAUUUUUUGUUAUUUCCAGAGGACAUAUCCAUUAAACCUAAGACCUGUCCCCUUAAGGUUCUUAGGUGCGGAGGUUUUCCAGACGUAUGGGACAAGCACUCCUCAUAUGUCCUCUUCUACCGCAGUAUAGGCAUAGGCCCUCUUUUCUCCUAUAUUGUCUUUCUGCCUCUGACAGUCUAGUGACCCCCAACUGCAUGGGUUCGGAUUCUGGACUUUGUAGGGAGGUCAGGAACAACAGGUCUGGAAAAAUGAGGUGCCAAUGACAUGUUUCUAAUAGCUUCUCUGGUUCUCAAUAAGUUUUUUGGGUAAGUCUAUGGCAGAAAUCUCAUCCAAAAUAGUCUCAGAUAAUCCUUUCUUAAAUGCAGAGAUUAAUGCGGAGAUUAAUCCGCUGUUUGUCCAGUCUACCUCAGAAGCCAAGGUGCGAAAUUCUAUGGCAUAAUCCGAGAUAGACCGGUUCCCUUGUUUGAUAUGCAUUAGGGCAGUGGAGGCUUCAUCCUUCCUGCCCAAUGGUUCAAAUGUUAAUUUAAAUUCCGCAAGGAAUUCCUGGUAAUUGUGUGCAAUGCUCCUAUUACUCUCCCAUAACGGAUUGGCCCAAGCUAAAGCUUUACCUUUAAGUUGGUUCAUCACGUAAGCAAUAUUAGCUCUGUCUGUGGGAAAAGAACCCGGUGAGGCCUCAAAAUGAUACUCAAUUUGAUUUGGGAAUACCCGACAUUCCCAAUACUACCACAAAAUGCAGGGGAGGAGAUAGGGAGUUAGUAUGUGCCUUAUGUACUAUAGGUAGAGGUGACACAGUCGGAGAAGCUGCAGGUUGCAGAUGGCUGUUCGAGUAAGAAGCGUACUGAAGGCCUGGGCAAAUGUAUACAUGCAGUUCCUUUGGUCCCAAUCUCACAAAAGGGAUUCCUGGAGUUCUACUUUUGGCUACUGGGCCAUGGGUAUCCCUAGAUUCCUCAUCACCUACCCAAAUAGCACAUGACUGGUGGUUGGGAGACAGAGCAAAUUCAAUCAAAGUUUUACUGGAUCGUGGUACCAUUCUGAUUUGGUAACAGUUCUGUGGCAGAACCACUGCUUAUUUGUAUGUUUUCCCUGUGUCUUGUGUGUUUUCCCAUUGGUUGUGUGUACUGUGUUAUUCCCCAUUCGGGACGGCCAUACGAACGGAAUCUUUUCAUCUCCCAAACGGGGACCAUCCCAUUGCCCCAAGUGUUUACCCAAUUAAUUAGAACGGUCGUGCCUGGUGUGUGACGCGAAAGAGCAAGGGAAGUAAUUAAUGAGUGCUCCCCUAGGUGGCGCCAUUUCAUAUAGACGAUUACCAACCAGGGGGAGCAUUUGUGUCCAGUGGAGACGCUUCCCUUGCAUGGUUACAGCACAGGAACCUCCUCCACUGAAGCUGGUCGGGUAAUGCACCGUUGCUUCUGAGGUUGGUGGGGACACUUUUGGUGCAUUGGGAAGUUUGGCGAGCUUUUUUGUGCAUGGGGGACAGUGAGACAAUCUCUUGACUGUGCUCCCAGGCACAGAGGCUCCUAGGGUGAAGAUCCCCUGUCGUUUUGUGUAGGAGUGUCCUCGCCUGAGUGGCGAAACAACUAUACUUAGGAGACAAAGGGACAGCGACACAGAAUCCCUCAGAUAGCCCUGAUCUAGGUGACCAUCCUGGGAAAAAUCACCCAGAUCAGUUCAGGGGUUCAGGAAUUUCCUGGAAGUCUUAUUUUGACCGACUGACUGGAAUAAAAUCAGUUGUACUGGCUGUGCGGUCGGUCUACCAGUUACUGGGGGGAAAUGGAUAUAAAAUACCUAAUGGUUCAUGAGCGGCUGAAGGAAGGUAUGUGGAGGUUCCGGCUUAUUCUUACCGGUCCUCUACAAGUUCCAUGGCGAUUAAGGAACAUCUGUUCAGGCACUAGAUGCGAGAAUGGAUCCAGGUCGAGUGUCCGCUCCAGCGAGUAGUAUUCGACCUGGGGCCACCACUCAUUGUGCUUGUUAAGAUGGCCACCGCCACAGUUCGAAUGCGCUUCGGACCACUUCGGGAAUUCAAAGUGCCACUUCAAAUCACUUCGGGAGUUCGAAGUGCUGCUUCACAAAAGUUUAUUACAUGGGCCAUAUUCACAGGGCAGGAGGCUGGCAAACAGGCUCCUCCAAAAGCCAGUGGCGAGGUUAUUUUCGUCACAGUGUGUGUAUAUGCUAGUGCAGGGACGGACUGACAGUGGCCUGGGCCCCCAGGCAAAAUUAGCACCUGGGCCCCCAGCAGACCGAUAUUUAUGCUGGUGUAGGUGUACCAUGUAUUUGAUUGUAUGUACAUGUAAAGUGAAAGUAUGUUUCUGUGUGUAUAUUCACUGUGGCGCUAGUGUAAGUGAAUAUAUGUAGGUCUUGUGUGUAGGUCAGGAUAUGUAGAUUCAUAGUAUAUUAUACAUGUUUUUGGUUUUGUAAACAUGGUAGUAUUUUUUUUUUUUAAUUCUUUAUUUUUGUAUUGCCAUACAAUAGAGGGGGACUUUCCAUGAAUGGAGGAGGUAGUUUUUAUCAUACAGGUCAUGUUCGUAUUAACUUCCUAGGUUAGAGUUUUCUCAGGGAUCCCAGAUCUUCUGAAAAGUUUUUAAGGAGCCCCUUAUCCUAGCCGUUAGGUUGUCCAUCAAAUGGACCUCUUUUAUCCUGUUUAUCACCCCUGCCAUGGGUGGUGUGCCUGGUUUAAGCCACUCUGAGGCUAUGGCUCUCCUAGCUGCUAACGUAAUUUUGUGGAUGAGCUUUUGUUCAUGCCUAGUCCAGCCAUCUAUGGAUCUGUUUAAUAAGAAUAGCCAUGGAUCUAGGUCUGGGGAUUUAGAAAAGACCUGCGACAACAGGGCUUGUAUCCGUUUCCAAAAUAUGACCAUAUGAGGGCAUUCCCACCACAUGUGGACAUAAGUCCCUCCAGGCCGCAGCCCCUCCAGCACACAUGUGUAGGGUUUUUUUUUCAUUUGAUGUAGUUUAACCGGGGUAGUGUACCAGCGAAGCAUAGUUUUGACAGAUUGUUUCUGAAGGGUAACGCAUACGGAAGAGGUAUGGUUAGCCUCCCAAAUCUCUUGCCACUCAAUGCCUUCCAGCAUUGCCCCUAGGUCUCUCUCCCAUUUAUCCAUAUAGGCUAGCUUACCCCAGUCCCCAGCUUCUGAACAGAGGUGGGCAUACAUAAGCCUUAUCAUGCCUUUAGGUAUGGUUUCUUGAAGGCAGAUGUGUUCGAAGAACGUAAUCUUUUGCAGGGCUGCUGCUUUGAUGUGUGCUAAUUUUGCGUAAUCUUUAAGUUGUAUGUAUCAGAAAAAAUCUGAGGGGGCAAGGUGGCCCCGCUGUCUUAACGUAUCAAAAGGGAUGACCUCUGGUCCCUGGUACAAUUGGCAGAUGCGUUGUAACCCUAUUCGCUCUAAGUUUUUGAAGGCUCUAGCUGUCAUUCCGGGGGUAAAGGCCUUAUUGCGUAAGUAUGGCAUUAGAGGAGACGGGUCAGAUGCUAAGUGAAACUUAUAUUUAAGGGAGUUCCACAUCCGCAAGGAGUUGAUUAUAGUCAGGCAGGUGACCCUUAUCUCGGGUCUGUGUUCUUUAGGGACCCACAUGAGGAGCUGUGGAAUGUCCGCGUCCGUCAUGAGAGAUUCUACGUCUGCCCAUUUUCUGUCUCCUGGGGGAGAGUGCCACAUCGCCACUUGAGUCAAUUGAGUCGCUGUGUAAUAGUAAUAUACGUUUGGGAGACCCAGGCCCCCUUUCGUCUUUGGCCUACAUAAAAUGUAUCUGGAAAUUCUAUGUCUUUUGUUCUGCAAGGACGAUCUGGGGACGCGGAUGGGCAGCGCUUGAAACAAAAAUAGAACUCUAAGCAAAAUGUUCAUUUUAACAGCGUGAAUUCUUCCUGUUCACGAAAUAGGUCUGUCCACCCACGUCUCCAUCUCCCGUAUCAGCUGUUUCAUCAAUGGUGUAUAAUUUUGGUCGUAUAAUUUUUCUGGAUUUGCUGUCAGGCGAAUACCUAGAUAUUUAAGUGUCUGUUGUUCGCUGGUACUCCUAUUGGGAGGGCGCUAGACUUCGCCAUGUUUGCUUUGUACUCCGAAAUAGUCCCAAAGUCCCUUAGCAACCACUGCAGGGCUCCUAUUGAGUUCACCGGGUCGGUGACCGCUAGGAGCACAUCAUCCGCAUAGGCUGAAACCAGAAAUUCCCUGCCUCCCACUUCAACACCCUUCACGCCCGGGUGGCGCCGUAAUGCCUGUAAUAGGGGUUCAAACGACAGUACAAAUAGAAGGGGGGGAUAGAGGGCACCCCUUUCGAGUACCAUUGAAAAGGUGAAAAGGGCAAAGCGGGGCUCCUGAGAUUUUCACCUGCGCUCUGACAUUAGUAUACAUCGCUCUUAAUAAGGUCGUGAACUGUUCAGGGAACCCUAGAUGGGUCAGGAGCGAGAACAGGUAAGGCCACUUCAUUCUGUCAAACGCUUUUUCAGCGUCGAGCGAAACAAACAUCGUUGGUAGUAUUUUUUUGUGUGUGUGUUUGUGUAGCAUGGCAGUAUGUAUAAGGGGGUAUUUGUGAAUUUUGGCAAUGUGUUUGUAUGAGGUAUGCAGGCCUCCAAAUCUUGAGUCUUAAUUACAAACUAAGUGUCAGGAAUACAAACGUGUAUUCCCCCCUUAAAAACUUGAUUUACUCACCUUUUUUCCAGCACCGACCAAAUUAAUUUAGAUGAUCUCAGCCAACCCAAUGCUCUACCAUAGGAAAGCACUGGAACACUAUUGUGCAUGUGCGGCAAAACGCCACACUGUGCCAAUCACCAUCUCCUCACAGAGAUGCAUUGAAUCAGUGUUUCUCUAUGACAAGUGUGACGAAGUGCCCUUCGCCACUUGUGCCUGGAGAGGACUGCUUGCCCGCCUCUUGCCCUGUGACUAUGGCCCCUGGGAUGUAUUGCCCUUUAAAGACAUGAUUUGGGCAUAAUGGAUUUGUGUUGUGCUGCUGCUGGCCCUUUAAGAACCAUCUGGGGACAUACUGUGGAGUUACUGGGUGGCCACCAUUUCCUGUAUCAGAAGCACAUGGUGAGAACAAUGGAUGGCGCCAUUUUAACUCACAGACACUGUUUGGACUUUUCAACACGGUGCCAUCUCGCCAGUAUUUGGUGCACAGAGACAUCGUGCAGUGGUUUUGGACUAUACAGCAGGGGACACAUUAUACAGUGAUUGUUUUUCAUUUAGCCUGUAUAUGUUCUGCAGAAUCUGCAUUAAACUGUAUUUUCCAAAGUACUGAACGGAUCUGGGUGAAUUUUGGAUAUGUGGUUCACCCAGAUCCCCCGGUUCCAAGGAUAUACUUUUUAUGGGGUUAUUGCAUGUUUUGGGGUCCCUGUGUGUUUUAUGAAACUGUAUUAUUUCUGGCCAGCAGAUAAUUGAGCUUUGUGUAUUUUAGAAACUCAAUUAUCUAGCCUGGCCCAGAGGAGGAGUUUUGUGUUGCAUAAAUUGUGAGUUCUGUGUGCCAGUAAAUCAGUCUUGUUCCAGCAUUAAGCCUUGGCUCAUGUUUGGGGGAUUGGAGAAAUACACUCUGGGGAUUGCUAUAAUCACUAUACUCCCCAGGGUAUGAUCACUAAGUUCUGCUAAGAGCUUGUUCCUGUUCCUGCUCUCUGGGGAAAGAGAGGUUCACCCACUGGAAGCUGGACCCUGGCCUUGGGUCCAGGGUGGGUGGAGACAGCAGAGACCCUGGCGCAGUUGCAUCGCUGGAAGUGGGGUCUGCAGUGCUGAUGGUGUCGGUUGGAGUGCUUGGAGUCCUCAGUGAGCACUAGGAGCAUCGAUUGGCGGAGGUACUCAGUCGGAGUGCCAGCGUUCCGUCACAUUUGGUGGCAGCGGUGGGAUGGCGUCCUAGUGCGAGGACCAGCAGCUCAGAGACACCGGUAACGUGUGGAGUUACGGAUUUAUAAUUGAGGGCAACGCUAGCCUCUGCGCAGCGUCCCUACCUACAGCAACAUGGAGCUAGCAAGACCCUGGACAGCAGCCAGUGAAUUGCAAAUCCGCCUGUCACAGUGCUAUGAGGGUGCUGAUUUCAUGAAGGAAGUAAAGGCGCGGCUGGUCUGGUUUGGCCCAAACCCUUCAGAUGAGGUGGUCCAUCAAGUGAUGCGCCUGUUGAGUGCUGAGAACCAAGACGCACGGAACUACGAGUACCAACUGUGGAGUUUGGGGGUAUUGACACCCCGUCUCCAGCGACAGAGUGAGUUACAGGGAGAGGAGAGCAGCGACCUCCCUUCCCAGCGGCAGUGCACCGUACAGAGGGAAGAGACAACCGGUCUCUCUCCCCAGCGGCGGCCUGAGUUCCAGGAGGAGGUGAUGGUAGAUCCCUCCCCCGUACAGCAACCAGCGUCCUGGGGAGGGGAGGCAACCGGCCUCCCUCUCCAACAGCAGCCAGAGGUGGGCGACCUCAUAGACUUGUCCUGGGGACACAGAGAGAUGGCAAGCGGAGAUGGGACCGAAGUCUCUCUGCCAGCCCUACAGGGAUGCUGGGCAGUCAGCCCAGGUCCCCAGCGGCAGUAUAAUAUACAGGGAGAGGAGACAACUGGUCUCUCUCCCCAGCGGCGGCCUGAGUUCCAGGAGGAGGUGAUGGUCGAUCCCUCCACCUUACAGCAACCAGCGUCCUGGGGAGUGGGGGCAACCAGCCUCCCCCUCCAACAGCAGCCAGAGAUACCGGGAGAGGGGGAAGACAAACCUAACCACACUGGCGCAGAUGGGACCGCGGUCUCUGUGCCAGUCCUACAGGGAGGCUGGACGGGCGGUCCAGAUCCCCAACCAACCCCGCAGGGAUGCCAGGAGGAGGAGGUAAGCGAAACUUCCCCUCCCCAGCUACAUCCCAACUGGGGGGGGCAGUGGAUGAGCCUGCGAUACCCACUGACCCCCUCCCAGCAGAAGAGCUGGCAUCUGGGCAGAGCUCUGUUAGCCUCUGCCCCCCCUUUUCCCCUGUAUCAGAGCCUGACUUACCACGGGUUACCCCAGUGGAAGAGCUGGCAGCAGGGCAGAGCGCCGCUGGCCUCUGCCCCCCAAGCAACACCAGCAGUUUGCCUAGCUGCACCAGGGAGACCGAGAGUGCUGCGCUGUCCCACUACAAACUUGAACCUACAGGCCAGUACCAUUUAUUGUGGGGGGGUUACUCUGCGUAUUUUUCUUUGUGGGUGGGCUGCCCGACUAAUCUAGGUACUGACCGGCAGAAGGUCAGGUACCUGUUUAGUCUUCCCCCCAAAGGGAGGAUGUGUGACGAAGUGCCCUUCGCCACUUGUGCCUGGAGAGUGCCAGCGUUCCGUCACAUUUGGUGGCAGCGGUGGGAUGGCGUCCUAGUGCGAGGACCAGCAGCUCGGAGACACCGGUAACGUGUGGAGUUACGGAUUUAUAAUUGAGGGCAACGCUAGCACUUGUGCAGCGACCCUGGCUUCAGAGGAACUCAAGGGAUAGAGCUAGCUACGGUUAGCGUCCCUAUCCACAGCAACAUGGAAGAGGAGUUUCGCUGGAGGUUGCAGCAGCACUUGGCCCAACAGGACGGGCCUGUAUCAGAGGAGUGCAUACUGGACUGGAGAGAUGUCACUCGUACGGAGAUGUGGCACGAUGCCCUGGAAAAGGUACAACGGCGGCGGGGAGAGAGCCUUCCCAGUGACGAGCAGCGGUUCCAGGUACUCGAGGCCCUGCGCUCCCCUUUCCUAGGGGAGCAACCCUUGGAUGAAUGGUUGUUGGAACUCUGGGAUUUAAUUUGGAAGGAGUUGUGGCUAGAUGCAGCUUACCGGGCAUUAAAGUGGUACGCCACCCAGCGCAACCCCUCGAUGACUAACCACUAUCUGCCCGAGGGAGAGGAUUAUAAUGGCCCAGGCUUACUGUGGGAGGCCUAUGAGGAGGGCGAUGACUUUGGAUGCCCCACAGAGUUUCGGUUCUGGGACAUCCACAACAUCAGGGAAACCCUGCUGGAUCUUCCCCGAGCGGACGACCUGGGGCCAGACCUGAGUCAUCUGGUCGCAAUGGAGUGGGGGCUGGAGCAGAGCUACCGACGCCUGUUCAACUUAGCCCAAUCACCGUCCCUCGGCCCAGAGGAUUACCUGGACACCCUACCCUCUUCUGUCCAACCAGCCCCAGAGGUGAGCAACCUUAUGGAACGGUCCUGGGAAGACCCACAGAUGGCAGGUGAAGAUGGAACCGAGGUCUCUCCACCUGCCCCACAGGGAUGCUGGGUACCCGGCCCAGAUCCCCAGCGGCAGUGUAUCUCACAGGGAGAGGAGACAACCGGUCUCCCUUCCCAGCAGCAGCCUGAGUUCCAGGAGGAGGUGAUGGUAGAUCCCUCCCCCAUACAGCAACCAGCAUCCUGGAGAGGGGAGGCAACCGGCCUCCCUCUCCUCCACCAACCAGAGGUACCUGAGGUAGUGGACCUCAUAGACGUGUCCUGGGGACACACAGAGAUGGCAAGCGGAGAUGGGACCGAAGUCUCUCUGCCAGCCCUACAGGGAUGCUGGGCAGUCAGCCCAGGUCCCCAGCGGCAACAUAAUAUACAGGGAGAGGAGACAACUGGUCUCUCUCCCCAGCGGCGGCCUGAGUUCCAGGAGGAGGUGAUGGUUGAUCCCUCCACCUUACAGCAACCAGCGUCCUGGGGAGUGGGGGCAACCAGCCUCCCCCUCCAACAGCAGCCAGAGAUACCGGGAGAGGGGGAAGACAAACCUAACCACACUGGCGCAGAUGGGACCGCGGUCUCCCUUCCCAGCAGCAGCCUGAGUUCCAGGAGGAGGUGAUGGUAGAUCCCUCCCCCAUACAGCAACCAGCGUCCUGGAGAGGGGAGGCAACCGGCCUCCCUCUCCUCCACCAACCAGAGGUACCUGAGGUAGUGGACCUCAUAGACGUGUCCUGGGGACACACAGAGAUGGCAAGCGGAGAUGGGACCGAAGUCUCUCUGCCAGCCCUACAGGGAUGCUGGGCAGUCAGCCCAGGUCCCCAGCGGCAGCAUAAUAUACAGGGAGAGGAGACAACUGGUCUCUCUCCCCAGCGGCGGCCUGAGUUCCAGGAGGAGGUGAUGGUCGAUCCCUCCACCUUACAGCAACCAGCCCUCAACCCCUCCAACAGCAGCCAGAGAUACCGGGAGAGGGGGAAGACAAACCUAACCACACUGGCGCAGAUGGGACCGCAGUCUCUGUGCCAGUCCUACAGGGAGGCUGGACGGGCGGUCCAGAUCCCCAACCAACCCCGCAGGGAUGCCAGGAGGAGGAGGUAAGCAAAACUUCCCCUCCCCAGCUACAUCCCAACCGGGUCCUGGGGGCAGUGGAUGAGCCUGCGAUACCCACUGACCCCCUCCCAGCAGAAGAGCUGGCCUCUGGGCAGAGCUCUGUUAGCCUCUGCCCCCCCUUUUCCCCUGUAUCAGAGCCUGACUUACCACGGGUUACCCCAGUGGAAGAGCUGGCAGCAGGGCAGAGCGCCGCUGGCCUCUGCCCCCAAGCAACACCAGCAGUUUGCCUAGCUGCACCAGGGAGACCGAGAGAGCUGCGCUGUCCCACUACAAACUUGAACCUACAGGCCAGUACCAUUUAUUGUGGGGGGGUUACUCUGCAUAUUUUUCUUUGUGGGUGGGCUGCCCGACUAAUCUAGAUACUGACCGGCAGAAGGUCAGGUACCUGUUUAGUCUUCCCCCCAAAGGGAAGAUGUGUGACGAAGUGCCCUUCGCCACUUGUGCCUGGAGAGGACUGCUUGCCCGCCUCUUGCCCUGUGACUAUGGCCCCUGGGAUGUAUUGCCCUUUAAAGACAUGAUUUGGGCAUAAUGGAUUUGUGUUGUGCUGCUGCUGGCCCUUUAAGAACCAUCUGGGGACAUACUGUGGAGUUACUGGGUGGCCACCAUUUCCUGUAUCAGAAGCACAUGGUGAGAACAAUGGAUGGCGCCAUUUUAACUCACAGACACUGUUUGGACUUUUCAACACGGUGCCAUCUUGCCAGUAUUUGGUGCACAGAGACAUUGUGCAGUGGUUUUGGACUAUACAGCAAGGGACACAUUAUAAAGUGAUUGUUUUUCAUUUAGCCUGUAUAUGUUCUGCAGAAUCUGCAUUAAACUGUAUUUUCCAAAGUACUGAACGGAUCUGGGUGAAUUUUUGAUAUGUGGUUCACCCAGAUCCCCCGGUUCCAAGGAUAUACUUUUUAUGGGGUUAUUGCAUGUUUUGGGGUCCCUGUGUGUUUUAUGAAACUGUAUUAUUUCUGGCCAGCAGAUAAUUGAGCUUUGUGUAUUGUAGAAACUCAAUUAUCUAGCCUGGCCCAGAGGAGGAGUUUUGUAUUGCAUAAAUUGUGAGUUCUGUGCCAGUAAAUCAGUCUUGUUCCAGCAUUAAGCCUUGGCUCAUGUUUGGGGGAUUGGAGAAAUACACUCUGGGGAUUGCUAUAAUCACUAUACUCCCCAGGGUAUGAUCACUAAGUUCUGCUAAGAGCUUGUUCCUGUUCCUGCUCUCUGGGGAAAAGAGAGGUUCACCCACUGGAAGCUGGAUCCUGGCCUUGGGUCCAGGGUGGGUGGAGACAGCAGAGACCCUGGCGCAGUUGCAUCGCUGGAAGUGGGGUCUGCAGUGCUGAUGGUGUCUGUUGGAGUGCUUGGAGUCCUCAGUGAGCACUAGGAGCAUCGAUUGGCGGAGGUACUCAGUCGGAGUGCCAGCGUUCCGUCACAACAAGCGUUUAGCGUCUCCAUGCAGAGCAUGGAGAUGCUGAAUGUCAGUGGUGCACACUUUGCAACACUGACACAGGAAGCAUCUAGGUGCUAGGUGUUCCUAGGCAGCAAUGUAAACGCUUCCUUUUUUUUCUGAAAAGGCAUUCUUUACAGCAAAAACCCUGCAAGGGCAGACUUUACUCACCAGAACUACAUUAAGCUGUAGUUGUUCUGGUAACUAUAGUGUCCCUUUAUGUUUGUGUGUGCAAAAGGAGUAGGGACUGCAGAGGGUGCCGGGAGGAAAGGGCUGUAGAGGGUGUGCGUGGAAGGGGCUGCAGAUGGUACAGGGGGGAGACGCUGUAGAGGGAAUGGGGUGAAUAGAGGCUGUAGUGGGUGCAGAGGAGGGACAGGCUGUAAUAGGUGCAAAUGGCAAUAGGGGCUGUUGUCUUUGCAGGGGGAAAUAGGAGCUGUAGUAAGUGCAGGGAGUGUAGGGGCUGUAGUGGGUGCUUAGGGUAUAGGGGCUGUAGUGGUUGCAUAGGGUAUAGGCAGUGGUAUAUCCUGGUUUUGUGCUGCCCUAGGCAUGACAAAACUCAGACACCCCCUCCCCGUACCACCCCCGCCUUCUAAUUACACAUACACACUCACUGACAGACACACACAUUUGCUAACAGACACGUACACUAGCUAACAGACACACACAUUCACUAACAGACAUGCAUAAACUCUCAUUAACAGACACACAAACAAACAGACACAUAGUAACACACUCCCUAACAGACACACACACUCACUAACAGACACACACAUAGUAACACAUUCCCUAACAGACACACACAUUGACACACACUCACUAACAGACACACACACUCUCUAACAGACACACACACACACUCACUCACUAGCACACACACAUUAACACACUCACAUUUUUUUUUAAAUGCAAUCCCCCCAGCCUCCUUACCUUUGGGAAUGCUGGGGUGCAUUAACACUUUCCCUGGGGUCCAGUGGGGCUGCUGGGCGGCCGGCCGGUCGGUGAGUGCAGUCGGCGAGGGUGCACUAAUCGUCCUGUUCAGCUCCUGACGUCAUAUCCCGGCUCGGCAUCACUGCCGAGGAGGAUUAGUGCUCCCUCGCCGCCUGCCCAGAAGGCCACCUCCCCCAGAAAGUGCCGCCCAAGGCAAACCCCUUGUUUGCCUCGCGGUAAAGGGGCUGUAGUGGGCCAGCGGUUAGGGGAUGCAGGGGGGCUGGGAUAGCAAGGUGGCUGGGGCUGCAGUGCGGAUAGGGGCUGCAGAGGGAGAGGGUAGGUAGGGGCUGCAGAGGAGCUGGGGAGUAGGGGCUGCAGAGGGAGCAGGGGGGUAGGGGCUGCAGUGAGGGAGAGGGGAGGUAUGGAAUGCACAGGGAGGGGGGGUUGGGGCUGCUAGAGAGCAGGGGUUAGCUGCAGAGGGAGAGGGGAGGUAGGGGAUGCAGAGGGAGCAGGGAGAGGGAGAGGGGAGGUAGGGGAUGCAGAGGGAGCAGGGAGGUAGGGGAUGCAGAGGGAGCAAGUGGGGUUGGGGUUACAGAGGGAGCAGAGGGGGUUGGGGCUGCAGUGGUAGCAGGGGGGGUAUGGGCUGCAGAGGGAGAGGGGAGGUAGGGGUUGCAGGAGAGGUAGGGGCUGCAGAGGGAGCGGGGGAGUAGGCGCUGCAGAAGGAGCAGGGGGGUGCAGGGAUACCGAGGGAGAGAGGAGGUAGGGGAUGCAGAGGGAGCAGGGAGGUAGGGGGAUGCAGAGGGAGCAGGAGGUGGCCAACAGAGGGAGCCGGGGGCUACAGAGGGAGCAGGGGGGGUAGGGGCUACAGAGGGAGCAGGGGGUUAAGGGCUACAGAGGGAGCAGGGGGUUAGGGGCUACAGCGGGAACAUGGGGUAGGGCAGUGAUGGCUAACCUUUAACAGCGCGACCAGGCCCCCUUUGAUGACAUCACAGCUGGGAGGAAGUGACUCAUCCCAGCUAUCAGACAGAGCCGCGCAGGAGGAAAAGAGAAGGGAGUCAGAGUGGGAACUCCGAUUCCCAUCAGGCUGAGCCUCCAAUGGACUCCAGGAAAGUCACCCUCCUGCAUCUAAAAGGUAGGAAACAGGGGGGGGGGGUGACUAAAAUAUUUUGUGUGUGUGUGUGUUUGUUUGUAUGUAUGUUUGUGUGUCUGUAUGAAUGUUUCUCUGUCUGUGUGUGUGUAUGUCUGUGCAUGUGUGUUUGUGUGUGUGUGUCUGUAUAUAUGUGUCUGUGUGUGUAUGUUUUUGUAUGUAUGUAUGUGUGUUUAUAAAUGUGUCUGUGUGUGUGUGUGUGUGUGUGUAUGUGUGUCUGUAUGUAUGUUUGCUUGUAUGUGUGUUUGUAUAUAUGUGUGUGUGUCUGUAUAUAUGUGUCUGUGUGUGUACAGUGGCGGAAAUACAGUGGUCGCAGCUGCAACCGGGCCCGUUACUCCAGGUGCCCACCGCCAUGUGUUGCAGCAUGGCCCGCGUGGGGGGGCACGUAUUAGUUUUCGUACCGGGGCCCCAUGGAUCGUGUGUACGCCACUGAUCCUAGUGUUACUUUCUACAGUCGCAUUUCUGGGUAAAUACAUUCUUUACCAUUGUUAUGGUGCACCUUCAUCCAUAGCGCUUCCCAAAUGUAGCAAAGUCCAACUUGUUUAGGGUGUUUUAUUGCACAUUAGUUUACUGAGAUUAUGCCUAACGUGUUGAAAUUUAGUGAAGUUAUUGAAAGAAGGUCCAUGCUCGCAGUGAGAGACAGAGACUGUCCCAUAUUAUGGGUUUUGCCAGAGUAUUUCAUUCUACUUUUCUUAUUUCAGGGCUAUGCCACGGAUGUGUGUGUUCCCAUUUCUAAGCUCCCUGAAAUCGUAAUGAAAACAAAGAAAGAUCUGUUAGAAUCAGAACUUACCGGUGGGUGUCAUUCUACUGAUCUAUAGCGAUCGAUUGAUCCGUAACUAUCUAAUCACAAACAUGCGGCCACUUUGCAGGUCCAAUUGCCGGACAUGUUGGGGAUGGGAACUUUCAUUGCAUUAUGGUGCUAAACGUGGAUGACAAGGACGAGGUGUCCAGGGUAAAGGCAUUUACGGACAGACUGGCCAGGUAAAGCAUAGGUUAUAACUAGGUUAUUUACUAAUGUAAGAAUUGCUGGGAAUACAACAUGCAUUCAAGGUGAAUUUACAAUGUUAGGCCGAGAUAGCCAAUUCUGUUUUCACUUCGCUCGUCAUGUUUAGUAAUGUGUGGUAUAGAGAAGGGUAACAUUGGGUAAGACUAUCACUGUGUGUGGUUUAGAGAAGGGUAACAUUGGGUAAUAUUGUCACUGUCUGUGUUAUAGAGAAGGGUAACAUUGGGUAAUAUUGUCACUGUCUGUGUUAUAGAGAAGGGUAACAUUGGGUAAUAUUGUCACUGUCUGUGUUAUAGAGAAGGGUAACAUUGGGUAAUACUGUCACUGUGUGCGGUAUAGAGAAGGGUAACAUUGGGUAAUACUGUCACUGUGUGUGGUAUAGAGAAGGGUAACAUUGGGUAAUACUGUCACUGUGUGUGGUAUAGAGAAGGGUAACAUUGGGUGUCACCGCCACCACAGUAUAGAGAAGGGUAACAUUGGGUAAUACUGUCACUGUGUGUGGUAUAGAGAAGGGUAACAUUGGGUAAUACUGUCACUGUGUGUGGUAUAGAGAAGGGUAACAUUGGGUAAUACUGUCACUGUGUGCGGUAUAGAGAAGGGUAACAUUGGGUAAUACUGUCACUGUGUGUGGUAUAGAGAAUGGUAACAUUGGGUAAUACUGUGACUGUGUGCGGUAUAGAGAAGGGUAACAUUGGGUAAUACUGUCACUGUGUGUGGUAUAGAGAAUGGUAACAUUGGGUAAUACUGUGACUGUGUGCGGUAUAGAGAAGGGUAACAUUGGGUAAUACUGUCACUGUGUGUGGUAUAGAGAAGGGUAACAUUGGGUAAUACUGUCACUGUGUGUGGUAUAGAGAAUGGUAACAUUGGGUAAUACUGUCACUGUGUGUGGUAUAGAGAAUGGUAACAUUGGGUAAUACUGUCACUGUGUGCGGUAUAGAGAAGGGUAACAUUAGGUAAUACUGUCACUGUGUGUGGUAUAGAGAAUGGUAACAUUGGGUAAUACUGUCACUGUGUGCGGUAUAGAGAAGGGUAACAUUAGGUAAUACUGUCACUGUGUGUGGUAUAGAGAAUGGUAACAUUGGGUAAUAUUGUCACUGUGUGUGGUACACAGAAUGGUAAUAUGGGGUAAUAUUGUCACUGUGCGGCAUAGAGAAGGGUAACAUUGGUUAAUAUUGUCACUGUGUGUGGUAUAAAGAAGGGUAACAUUGGGUAAUAUUGUCACCGUGUGUGGUAUAGAGAAGGGUAACAUUGGGUAAUAUUGUCACUGUGUGAGGCAUAGAGAAGGGUAACAUGGGGUAAUACUGUCACUGUGUGCGGUAUAGAGAAGGGUAACAUUGGGUAAUAUUGUCACUGUGUGCGGUAUAGAGAAGGGUAACAUUGGGUAAUAUUGUCACUGUGUGCGGUAUAGAGAAGGGUAACAUGGGGUAAUACUGUCACUGUUUGUGGUAUAGAGAAUGGUAAUAUUUUCCCCUUGUGUGGUUACCCUGAAAUAAAAGUAAAAUAAUAUAAUAGUGAAAAUAAGGGUAACAACCCCCUAUUUUCCUCUCAGUAAAAUCAAAUCAAAACCUACUAUCCUAGAAUAAUAGUGUAUACCACACACAGUGACAGUAUUACCCCAUGUUACCAUUCUCUAUACCACACACAGUGACAGUAUUACCCAAUGUUACCCUUCUCUAUACCACACACAGUGACAGUAUUACCCAAUGUUACCCUUCUCUAUACCGCACACAGUGACAGUAUUACCCCAUGUUACCCUUCUCUAUACCGCACACAGUGACAGUAUUACCCCAUGUUACCAUUCUCUAUACCACACACAGCAACAGUAUUACCCCAUGUGUAAUACCCAAAAUAAAGCAUUGGAUGGCACCAAAUUACAGGCUUUAUUAGAACUGGUCUAAUUGUCCAAACAGUGCUUUAGGUAUAUAGCUACACAUAUAUAUAGUGGAGUAGGGGAAUUAGUAGUCCAACACUUUAAUCACUCCUUAUAUAAUGAAUACAUUCCCCAAACUAAAAAUGAAUCUGUGCCUACAGGUGGUACCGUGUCUAGUUAGUUUUGAAGGGAGAGAGAGACCCCUAUACUUAUUCUAAACUACACUAUGUAUCUAUUUGUAUCUCUCUAGUUACUAUAUACCAGCUGCACUCUCUCCUUAACCCCUAUGUAUAUUUAAACAAAUGGAGGUCAUUUAGUUACUCCAAUGGCCACUGGAGGGAAUGCCCGUCUGCCAACGUCAAGGCAGACCUCCAUAGACAGGUCCUACUCUGCCCCUUUACCUUGCUUCUUUGACCUUCUGGCAAAGAUAUCUCUAAUGAGACAGAAAGGGGUAUUUUUUUAUAUACACCCCUAUAUACUUGUGUGGCAAACCUAGCCACUUAAGACUGUAUUUCCCACUUAAGACUGUAUUUACAUGUAUGUGAUAUUGUGGCUUUAAGACUACCUGAACUGUCCAUGUUACCUAUUCUGUAUUUUAUGUGAACGAGAGCAUUCGUAUGCUGGCGGCACGAAAGCCGCCAGCAUUCAUACAGUAGGUUCACGAACAGUGAAUUUCAACACUGUUCGUGAAACAAACAAACUACCGAAUGGGAGACCACACACAGUAGGUUGUGUGGCUCCCAUUACGGAUCGCAACAAUGUAGCUUUCGUUAGUUAAUAGAUGUUCAGGGUGGCCGCUGUUCAGAUACCGACCACGCGGCGGCGGCCAUCUUGGAUCCUUUGUUAGCCCAGGGAUGUUCGGUCGUCGAGUGCCUGGAACUAAAAUCUGCUACUCGACGGCACGAACACUGCUGGACUUCCAGGCCGUUUGGGAGCACCGGUCUUUCGGUAUUUUAUCUCUGCAUGUGUAUUCAUGACUUUGGUGAAGAAUUUGUGUGCAAGUCUAUUUCGUGCGGCGUUCAGCUAAUUGUGCUGGGAUCUGAGCGGUACUUUCACGAAGACCCCAGCUAUCUGCCGAACGGUCAUUUGGUACAAUAGCACGAAUAAUGUUAGAGUUAUAGAUUUUUAUGUAAAAAGCCAGUUCUGCUGUACGGAGGGAUAAUCCACUUAACUGGAUAUUCUAGUGGGAGUAUCCCUCUCGUACAGCAGUGCAUGGUGGGAGAAAUUUUCUGGUUGUUAAGUUCCCCAUGUAGUCCCCUACUGUACAACCCCUGUAAAGUCAGUAAGGAAACCCCUUGCAUGGGGAACCACAUAAAUACUGGAGCUUGUGAAUAAAACCUCAGUUGACUCCCAGCCUAUGUGUCAUCUAGUUCUUGGGAAGCAAGGAUCUGUAUAACGCUACUGGGAUUAUUGUAUGCUGUACUUGUUUUAUUUGGAUUAUUACAUGCUGUUCCUGUAUACCAGCGGAGAUACUGUGGAUUAUACUACCUCUCCGCUACAUAGAAACAUAGAAUGUGACGGCAGAUAAGAACCAUUCGGCCCAUCUAGUCUGCCCAAUUUUCUAAAUACUUUCAUUAGUCCCUAGCCUUAUCUAAUAGUUAGGAUAGCCUUAUGCCUAUCCCACGCAUGCUUAAACUCCUUUACUGUGUUAACCUCUACCACUUCAGUUGGAAGGCUAUUCCAUGCAUCCACUACCCUCUCAGUAAAGUAAUACUUCCUGAUAUUAUUUUUAAACCUUUGUCCCUCUAAUUUAAGACUAUGUUCUCUUGUUGUGGUAGUUUUUCUUCUUUUAAAUAUGGUCUCCUCCUUUACUGUGUUGAUUACCUUUAUGUAUUUAAAUGUUUCUAUCACAUCUCCCUGUCUCCUCUUUCCUCCAAACUAUACAUGUUAAGAUCCUUUAAAGGACCACUAUAGUGCCAGGAAAACAUACUAGUUUUCCUGGCACUAUAGUGCCCUGAGGGUACCCCCACCCUCAGGGUCCCCCUCCCGCCCGGCUCUGGAAGGGGGAAAGGGGUAAAAACUUACCUUUUUCCAGCGCUGGGCGGGGAGCUCUCUGCCUCGUCUCCUCCGAUCCGCCCCAUCAGCUGAAUGCGCACGCGUGACAAGAGCUGCGCGCGCAUUCAGCCGGUCGCAUAGGAAAGCAUUCAUAAUGCUUUCCUCUGGACGCUUGCGUGCUCUCACUGUGAUUUUCACAGUGAGAAGCACGCAAGCGCCUCUAGCGGCUGUCAAUGAGACAGCCACUAGAGGAUUUGGAGGAAGGCUUAACCCAUUGAUAAACAUAGCAGUUUCUCUGAAAUUGUUAUGUUUAUAAAAAAAAAUGGGUUAACCCUAGAAGGACCUGGCACUCAGACCACUUCAUUAAGCUGAAGUGGUCUGGGUGCCUAGAGUGGUCCUUUAAGGAGAGAGCGCAGGUAACUUUUUUCUUUGGUUUUUACUGUAUAUUGGGGCUGAUGUGUACUGUGGUUGUUGCUGCGCCCAGGAGUAAUGGGAGUGAGCGCAGGACUUUUCUUUUUGUAUUAUGUACCAGUACCUGGAGGCUCACAUUCAAGAGCACUUUAGUGGACUGGUAUUUUCAUUAAAGGGACACUAUAGUCACCAGAACAAAUACAGCUAAAUGUAUACUAUACAGCUUAAUGAAGUUGUUCUGGUGAGUAUAAUAGCUCCCUUCAGGCAUUUUCAUGUAAACACUGCCAUUUCAGAGAGAAAACACAGUGUUUAUUUUGGUUAUUGCACUAUCAUGCCAUGAUAGUAGGUUUUGAUUUGAUUUUAUUGAGAGGUAAAUAGGGGUUGUUACCCUUAUUUUCACUAUUAUAUUAUUUUACUUUUAUUUAAUUUUGUCUGUUUAUUUAGAGGAUUUUUGGUUUUGAGGCAGUUACUAUCUCCAGGUAGCAAUACUUGUCUAUUGCAUCCUCUAAUAUUGGUAAAUAUUGUCACGGUGUGCAUUUUAUUGCUUGUAUCAGUGCAUAUUUUAGACAGAAAAGGAAAUAUAUUUGCUAUGUUUUAUAAAUGUGUGUUAAACGCAUUUCCAUUGUCUCAUCUCUCAGGAGAGCACUGGCAUUGAACGGAACGUGCACAGGGGAGCAUGGCAUUGGCCUUGGAAAACGUUCACUGUUAGUGGAGGAGAUUGGCGAAGUUGGUAUUGCCACAAUGAAACAGAUCAAAGCCACAUUGGAUCCCCAAAAUAUAAUGAACCCUGGCAAGGUCAUUUAAAAUGUAUUUCAAAUAAUCAUUCACCUGCAGGACACGACAGUUAUUACAGUGAUGCUGGUAUGGAAGGGUUCAUUGUCACACAGGCUGACACAAGUUGAAGAUAGGUUGUGCCAAAGUGACAAGGUGAUUUAAGUGGAAUUGUGUGUAUUUGGAUGAUAAAUAUGUUUUGACGUGUGAGAUAAUUAAAUGAUGUGGAACGGGUCAGAUAGAGUUAUAUGUAAAUUAAGAAAAAGAAGAAGACGAUAUCAGGAAAAACCUAAUAUGUGGUCAUAAAUAUGGUCAGAGAGGUAAUGUGGGCAUGACCCAAGUUAAUUAGCAAAAAGAUACAAAUAAGGUAAAGGAAUCAGCCUAACAAAGGUAGAAACCCUCCUUACUGAAAUUGCCUCCUAAGUAGAGUCAUUCAAAGGUAAUGGCAAAACAAAAAAUAAUACUAAACUUUAUUUAAUCAAGAUCCUAAAGUUAAAAUAUGAGAGUAAAGUGAAGAAAGGAGAGCAGGAGAAAGUGUCUUGUAAUCAUCCACAAGUAUUAAGGGUAUUGUUGAGCACCUCGGACAUUUUGUUCUUCUCGGACUAUGCUAUACACAUUGUUUUGUGCAUGCAAAAGGUAUUAUAGAGGGAUUUUUAUACCUUUAAUACUUGUGGAUGAUUACAAGACACUUUCUCCUGCUCUCCUUUCUUCACUUUACUCUAUCGUAUUUUAACUUUAGGAUCUUGAUUAAAUAAAGUUUAGUAUUAUUUUUUGUUGUUUUGCCAUUACCUACUUAGGAGGCAAUUUCAGUAAGGAGGGUUUCUACCUUUGUUAGGCUGAUUGCUUUACCUUAUUUGUAUCCUUUUUUAUAUGUAAAUUAAUGACCUCUCUUAUAGUGUCAGAAAAGGAUAAAAGAAUGGGAAGAAGGAGAAAGAAACAAUAAAAUAUUAACACAAUAUAAAGUUUCAGUCAGUCUGUCAUGGAAUGGAAUGUAGAAUCGCUACAGGAAGAUUACAGACAGACAUAGGAAAACAGGUCUGGCUAAUGACUGCCUGUCCUAUUCUUAGUAUCUUCCUGGAGCUACUGGCUCGUAGUUUCUUAAUAAGACACUGUCUGAUAACUAAGUUGAUUGUUGCUCCUGAAUUGCUGAAUGACACUGAAAUUGUUCUAUGUUGAAUAGCGAGCUCUUGGGGAAAAGUGAAACGUUAGCCAUAUGGUCAUUAAAAUAUGUCAUAACAUAAAAUCAAGCAAGGAAAACAUUGUUUUUUUAGUUGAAAAGUUAUUGAUAAAGAGCCUGUGAGGUCAAAACCAUCAAAUUCAAUGUGAGCAAACAAUAAAUCAGUGAAAUUUACUCACAAAA